AUGGCUGACAAUUUGCUGGACGUCGGACCUCCCAACGCAAAACGACCGAAACUCAAUUCACCUGCUCUUUCAGCGUCAGAUGGUCCAGGUAAGCACUAAGUAGGGCCUAUUUUGUCAUCAGUCUAUUGAUAAAGUACAUUUAUGCUAAGUUAUUUGAGUGUUAAUGAAAACUGUACUUUUACGUUUUGUCUGGUGUUGACUGCGUUCGCUCGUGCACAAUGUUCCUCACCUGGAACUUUAAUUUGUCAGCUCUCGAGCUUUGCAGUGUAGUUGCUCGUGGUAUCAAAUUGUCACACCCGACUGUCACUGAAUCUACAGUCACCCGUCUCUAGUAGCCAACCCCCGCUGCUCUCUUCUCGACUUGCCCAUAUGCCUUGGUAGUAAAGCCAGCCUACUGGCCGUGUUGGUAUUGCACCAUGUGCUGAUGUCUGUCGCUCCUUCUCCAUUUGCUGGCUACGCCUCUGAAAACAUGUCACUCCUAUGUGCCCGAUAAUGUCAUUGCGGUGGAGUGUGAGCUGGAGCAGCUGUCCGAUCGCAGACGAGACUUGUGAUAUAGCCGCCGCAUCUGUUCAAAAGAAAAGUACAACGUCAGGAAUUUUGUUGAACGAACAGUGGGCUGCUACCUGUUGAAUUCGGUUCAUUUCAACACGGACACUUAUUAACCUACCGUAUAAGACUAUUGUCUGAGCACAGUGAACAGAAGUGUCAACAUGAACUUGAAGGUAAGAUUAUAUAAAUGUUCAUACAGAGUGAAACUGAUAGGAAUGUCUUGGGCGCUGUCCUUGAAUAGGGGCCCUGCAGUGAAGUUUAUGGAUAAUGGGAUAUCAGCUUUGCACUCUGGCUCACAGGUCUCCUGCGCUCAUAAACCUCCCAGACCAUAACAAAACUCUAAAACAGCGCUGCCUUGGUUGGUUUCCAUCAGAGAGAGAAGGACGUUACGCCUAAACCUAGUCUCAGGGUCUACCACCACACUGUACCCACCCAAACACUCCAAAACCUGUACAACAACUUCUCCUGGCCUCACAUCGCUAGCAGCAGCCAGCCAACAUAUCGUUUAAUAUGGGUAUUUAAUAACCUGUCAUAUUUUAUGGUUAACAUUGUGUGAUAUUGCAGUGGCGGCUGCACCCCCCCCCUCUCCCUCCACACACUAGUGCUGAGCGAUUAGUGCUUUUUGACUUUGGGUUCGGUUAAAUUAUAAAAAAAAAAUCACGGUUUUCGAUUUUGGUUUCGAUUAUUUCUUUGACUUUGCAUUAUGUGAGUUGUAUGCUGUAACAACACCGAAUAGAACAAUUAGGGCAGUCCCUGACAAACAAUCUUGGUUGACAAUAGUAAUCUGUUCUUUCGACCAAUCGAUUGGUUGACAUUUUAAAACGUAUCUUUCCACAUCCUGUGUGUUUUAAUAAAAUCCACGAUAAGCACUGAGCUUGUCUGAUUUAAGCGCACUGUUUGAUUAAAUAAUUAAGACACACACAUGACUAGAGGGAGUCCGACCGCAAUUUAUUUGAUUCUGCCGGGCUCAGACUUGCUGCUCGAGUGACUGACUAGCACCCGUUGUCUCUCUCCUCCCUGCUGUAGCGACCACCACAGAACAUCAGCAGUGUUUAUCGUGCUGUCGGUGUUGCUGAAGCUGCAACACAAUUACAGCCAUUUCUGACUGAAAAGUUCUGUUACCGAAAUCCCCAAUUUGUUUAGGAAAAACAUUCCCUAUUCCCUCAACCCUUGCUCUCUUUACGUGACACAUGUAUGCAUCACAUGCACUUGACCAAUAGGGCCUGACCUAUAGCAUAUCAUUAUCACAUCAAUACAAUGGUUAUAACAAACUCCGAGCACCAUAACACAGUGUGAGAGCAAAAUGGAUGCAGAGGACAUGACAAACUCAAAACUGGGGAAUGUUUACUUGUUACUCGGGAGGAAAACGGGAAGUCAGAUUUGUGGAAUAAAUGUGACUGGUUGUGGAAAAUACUGGAGGUCAAGAAAAAUAAGGUAAGGAGCAAGUGCUGCAUGCAUAUUAUGUAUGCCAAACAGGUGCUGUUAGAUUACAAAAUCAUUUUUCUGACCAUUUGGAACAAUGUAAACAACAUGAAAUAAAUUAUAAGUGUACCAGAGAGUCUGUAAUGUUUAGUUUUUUGGUAAAGCCUUUAUUACAGCAAAGACUAAAAACAGUCGCAUUCAUUCGUGAAUGCAAUUUCUGAAAUUGAACAGUUUAUUUAUAGUUUACGCUAAUUAUUCAAGGGUCGGUUUGUUAUUUUAAAACUAUGCUUGAUUGCAUUUCAAAUCAUGAAUGACUUGUAUGCUGUGUGAUAACAUGAAUGAAUGAUUGAUUGAUACAGUAGCCUAUAAGUAUUGAAAUAUAGGCCUAAGUAAGUUACGGUAUUAAGACUAAACAGGAUACGCUCUUAGGCCUACAGCUCAAUGGUGGUUAUACAAGGCUGCUAUACUAAGCCUACUAAUGAUAAUGACAUUAAUGAUGAUCAUAAUAAUAAUAAUAAUAAUAAUAAAACUAAUCAUGAGAUCAAGAAAAGGAGAGAUAUUAUAAAUAAAUAAAUAAUGGACAAUUCGGAACAGUGUAAACAACACUAAAUACAUUAAAAAUAAUACCAGAGGCUGUUCUAACAAAAACAAGAGUAAAGUCUUUAUUACAGCAUAGCAAAGAUUAAAAACAGCCGAAUUUGUGAAAUAGUUUAUCUGACAUGUUGUGGUUGCGUGAGGCAUGAUGCUCACAGAAUCAGUAGCUAUUAAACAAACUGAAACAGGCAACAGAAGCAGGGUCUGCCUUAUUUCUGUAGCUAUACACUACCGGUCAAACGUUUUAGAACACCUACUCAUUCAUGGGUUUUUCUUUAUUUUUGCUAUUUUCUACAUUGUAGAAUAAUAGUGAAGACAUCAAAACAAUUAAAUAACACAUAUGGAAUCAUGUAGUAACCAAAAAAAGUGUUAAUCAAAUCAAAAUAUAUUUUAUAUUUGAGAUUCUUCAAAUAGCCACCCUUUGCGAUGAUGACAGCUUUGCACACUCUUGGCAUUCUCUCAACCAGCUUCACCUGGAAUGCUUUUCCAACAGUCUUGAAGGAGUUCCCACAUGCUGAGCACUUGUUGGCUGCUUUUCCUUCACUCUGCGGUCCGACUCAUCCCAAACCAUCUCAAUUUGGUUGAGGUCGGGGGAUUGUGGAGGCCAGGUCAUCUGAUGCAGCACUCCAUCACUCUCCUUCUUGGUGAAAUAGUCCUUACCCAGCCUGGAGGUGUGUUGGGUCAUUGUCCUGUUGAAAAAUAAAUGAUAGUCCCACUAAGCCCAAACCAGACAGGAUGGCGUAUCGCUGCAGAAUGCUGUGGUAACCAUGCUGGUUAAGUGCGCCUUGAAUUCUAAAUAAAUCACAGACCGUAUCACCAACAAAGCACCCCCACACCAUAACACCUCCUCCUCCAUGUUUUACGGUGGGAAAUACACAUGUGGAGAUCAUCCGUUCACCCACACACCUGUUAAUUGAAAUGCAUUCCAGGUGACUACCUCAUGAAGCUGGUUGAGAGAAUGCCAAGAGUGCAAAGCUUUCAUCAAGGCAAAGGGUGGCUAUUUGAAAAAUCUCAAAUAUAAAAUAUAUUUGGAUUUGUAAAAAAAAAAAUUGGUUACUACAUGAUUCCAUAUGUGUUAUUUCAUAGUUUUGAUGUCUUCACUAUUAUUCUACAAUGUAGAAAAUAGUAAAAAUAAAAACCCUUGAAUGAGUAGGUGUUCUAAAACUUUUGACCGGUAGUGUAUAUAUGGAUACUUUAUAAACCAGGCACAUUUAACAGUUAGGCUAUUGAUUAUAGGCCUAAUUAAGUUGAGGUUUCCGCUCUCCUCACUUUUCUUAGACAGUUAAGGUAAGGGCUGUUUUCUCGUCUCCUAACUCCUGCUGCCGCUGCUGCAUUGUUCUCCACACCAAUAUGCUGGUUAACUUUGCUGUUAUGCACAUAGCAACAUGGUCUAGGAAAAUGUGCCAAUUCAGCUGCGCACUGAUGUGUUUCAGAACCACGGACAGCGACCGCUAUCCAACGCGGGAGAAAGCGCAUUUGUUAUAAAAUAUUAUUUUAUUAGUGUUGCACUAUUGUUCUUACUUAAUUUAAUCAUAUACAAUUUCAGUAGCACAUGUCUUAAAGUGAUGGACUGUGUCAUCCCCACAGCCUCCACAAUGGAUCAGUCUACUCCGCGUGAAUCAGACAGGAGUGUUGUACACCAUGAAACAUUUAUCAAUCACUUAGAUCAUGUAUUUUCAGGCUUGCGAAUUGAUUAUGGUCACUGUAGUUAAUUAUCACGUUUUCUUUGCUAAACUAUGUAGAAUAUUGGCCUGUUGGUAAUGCUGAGUUAUUUUUCGUUUUUUAAACAACUAAUUGACCGACAUUGGUUCAAUUAUUAUUUGAGUUCCAUUUCGUUCUGGUUUCUUUCAGUGAACUCAAUGCGCACAUCGCACAGUUUAUCUCUACAGAAACUGCACAUCGAGCUCACAGAAAACCCCCAGAAAUAAAUGGAAUUCAAACAAUUUAACCGAUGUCGGUCAAUUCGUUUUAUAAACGGAAAAAUCUCUCAGCACUAACACACACACACACACACACACACACACACACACACACACACCUAUGCUGCACAUCUGUUCUGAAGUGUGUGGGAUGUGUGUGUGUGGUUGCCUGCACCACACUCAGACUUGGCUAAAUGAUAUCCCGAUAAGUUGAAUUGACCCUAUGUGGCUUGGUUAACCCCAAUCAGGGCUGUAGUUACUUACACCAGUGUUUCCCCCACAUUUUGGGUUGGGGGUGGGGUUCCUGGGUCAAGCAGUUUGUAGAACAUUGUUUUAUUGAUUUGGUGGCUCUAAAAUAAAUGAAAAGAAUGGGUCACACUCACAACCCCAAAAAGUUGAGGUUCAAUUGUAUUGUCCGGUAGCUCUGAUGAAACGUGGUAAGGCUACCCAGGCCUGUCCUGGAAGAGAAGCCAGUUUUAAAUCCCCUGCUACAUGUUGAGUUGUUCCCAGGGGUGUGACUAGCUGCCUCAGAACCAGCUGCUGGUGUCUGAUGUCAAAGCCAAGACUAGAGAGUAGUCUAAAUGGCGGCCGGUAGACUACGGGAGGGCUGCAAAGUUCAGAGGGCACCCUAUGACCUUCACUGCUAUCAGAUUAUCUUGUAUUUGAACUGUCGCUGUAAAAUGCACUUUAAAUAAUGUGACUUAACCUAAAUGCUCUCCAUGACUUUGGUGAGGUCCCUUUUAUUAUUUUUAUUUCUGUAUUUUAUACGGCAAUGCCAUGUGUAGCUUACGGCCAUUGUAGAGUUGUGGUAGUGAAUUGUGGUCGGGGUUCAUUGUGCAUUCGGUAGUGCAGUGUGAAGUCUGCAUCCAUUAGAGUUGUGGUAUGAAUGGAUGUGUCCAUUGUGCAACUGUAAAUUCUCCACCACUUUCAAACGCUGGGGGGGAAACGCAAACCUCUUCAUCUCUAAUGAGGCCAAUUUAGGGAUUACAGACACCACAACCAACUCUUUAUUCUCAUUCAAGGAAAGUGUUAAAAUCACUCAAUGUAUCCAUUGCCCAAUUUCCACCUCUGUACCGUACAUACAGAGAGACGGCAAGGCAAAAGAUUGUCUGUCAACUGGGUCACAUUCAUUACGAUACACCAUCGCUAAAUGUUUUGCAGCGGAAAACAAAAACAAGCAUUUCUUAUUGCAGGUUAUUAUUUCUUAAGUGCAGCGAGUCACUCUUUGUUUUGUCAGUUUAUUCCCUUUGGUGCCUAAUGAAUACAACCCGUUUUACAAACAGCUCUUUGGUUCUGUCCUGGGCUGUAGUCUCUCUUCCCCACUGACAGGCCGGGGUCCUUUGCGGCCCUAGCUCAUCUUUCAGUGGGGUGAAGAGCUGUUGCUGGGCAAUAAGGCAGCAUGACACUCACUCUGCUGCCUCUUUAGAGAGGGCUGCUAUGCCAGACGCUGUCUACCUCAGUGUACACACACACACACACACAACGAAGUACACACUAAUGCAUGUUUUACACACACACACCUCUAAUGAACGGCCCAGCAGACACAAACACACACACAUCCUCUCUAAUAGCCCAGCACCGCACACACACUCACUCAGUCACCAACAGCUCAGCGAGGCACGGCAUAGUGUGCCUCAGACCUGCUUUCCUUUGAAGUUGAGAAGCAGCACGGGGUCCUGAGGACACAGAGAAGAUUUAGAGCUCCAGAUUGCAGAUGGCAGCAGAGACAAAAUAGGGUUUUGUUUGGCUUGAAAAAGCCCAAUUCCCUGAACUUCCUCAGGCAGACCUGCGACGAGAGCAGAUUCCUCCUCCUCAUCAUCUUUCCUCUCCUCACUCCCACUCACUCCUUCUCACUCCCACUCAGCCCUCGGCCCAUUGGCUAACGCGAGAGAACGAGAAAAUUAUGCCGGGAGGGAGGAGUUAUGACGAGAGAGUAGAAGACUGCGCUCUCUUGGAGGUGUCGAAGAUGACUAGACAACCUGUAUGAAUGGAUGUGAAUUUGAUGGGUGUUGCCUUAGUAUUAUUUGACAGGUUUUGACAUCCUGAUGAGAGUUCUAGCCUACCUAGCUAGACUAUUUGUCCCACACUCUGCAUCUUUAUUUGUUUAGAAAACGACCAAUGCUGAAUUGCUUUUUUCCCUGCUAAGCCACAAAUGAAACCACACACCUUCUUCCUCACAAUCUUUAAUGGCCCGAUUUAGCCUAUAGCCGUGGUUCUCAAUCCUGGUCCUGGGGACCCAAAGGGGUGAACAUUUUAGUUUUUGCCUUAGCACUACACACCUGAUUCAAAUCAUCAAAGCCUGAUAGUGAGUUGAUAAUUUGAAUCAGGUGUGUAGUGCUAGCGCCCCCCCCAAAAAGUGCACCCCUUUGGGUCCCCAGGACCAGGAUUGAGAACCACUGGCCUAUAGUAAAGGGCUUGGCUAUGGAUUCACUGCAUAAAAGCAUAGUGUGUGUUGUCAUGGGUUUGGCUGGCUCAAGUCAUGUUUCUGAGUCCCAUUAUUACUGUGAUAGACCUCAAACACACGCUCCGCUUUGCCCCUCCCAGCUCUACAGAGCACCUUACAGCCUGUCAGCCAGUGUAGGUGGGGCGGCUGGCCUUAACACACUGUUUGCGACCCCUGGUUUGAUGUGCGUGUUAAUGUGUGACAGAUUGUUAUUUCGUGUGUGUUUGAUCCAUGCCUGCCGGCCAAUAUCUGUCUGUGUUUGUUUUGAUCUGUAUGCUAGUGGUUGUUCACUGUCUGUUGGUGCCCGUCGUGAGAAAUUUGCUCCAGACAAGUAUUCAUCUGGCACAUCGCUUACCUAGUGGGUGUUCUCUCCUCAGUCCGGGCUCGGUGAAUGGGCACCAACCCCUGGGUGGGUGAGCAUUAUUCCACCCAUGUUAGCAUUAGUGUACAUACAGCCAAGCGUAAAAACACUGCCUUCAGUUCCACCCGCUUCAGGGGAAACAGGGGAACGGCCCAGGCGGUGCGCGCGCUGUGCGGGUUAAUGUAUCUGCUGAAGUGGAACUGAUUUGAAUGGGAUGGAGGGGUGUGUGGGGUGAGGGGGGCACUACUGCAGAUGUCCCCCCCAAAAUGGGAGUGGGGCCAACAUGGAGCCCUGCUGCACACUAUGGUUGUGGGCGUUAUCCAGAUUUCCAUACUCUUCAUACAGGGGGUAUACAGUAUUACCAGCAGUGCACACAAGGGGCGCUAUUUAUUUCCCAAGCUAGCCGCCUAUAGCUACCAAGUUAGCAAACCAAAUGAAUAGCUGGAGAAAAUGCAUUUGGCACAUCUUAGAUGGUUAACUUAAAGUUAUAAGAUAUUCAGUUGGCAAACAUUAGCAGGGGUCGCAUUCAAUUUAAGAAGUCUGCAUUUUCAAAACACAGACCAAACACAGACCAAAUCUGCAUUUUAAAGAAUUUCACCUGUGUUUUUAUAUUGAAAGUCAGGGACGUGCAACUAUAGUUUUCCUUCACACAAAAUGCAUUAGUGCAACACAUUUGGCAGAAAAUCAUUUUGAUCAGAUGACAACAGAAGUGCAACAUAAUUUGGUUAGCAGCCCACUUUAAUAAAUUAGCUAGAUUACAAUGUAAAAGCAAGGUAUUUUUUGCAAAAACAAUAGAUGGCCAUCAUAUUUCUAAUGUUUAUCAUAGAAAAAAUUUAGCUAGCUACAGUGGGGGAAAAAAAGUAUUUAGUCAGCCACCAAUUGUGCAAGUUCUCCCACUUAAGAUGAGAGGCCUGUAAUUUUCAUCAUAGGUACACGUCAACUAUGACAGACAAAAUGAGGAAAAAAAAUCCAUAAAAUCACAUUGUAGGAUUUUUAAUGAAUUUAUUUGCAAAUUAUGGUGGAAAAUAAGUAUUUGGUCAAUAACAAAAGUUUCUCAAUACUUUUGUUAUAUACCCUUUGUUGGCAAUGACACAGGUGAAACGUUUUCUAUAAGUUUUCACACACUGUUGCUGGUAUUUUGGCCCAUUCCUCCAUGCAGAUCUCCUCUAGAGCAGUGAUGUUUUGGGGCUGUCGCUGGGCAACACGGACUUUCAACUCCCUCCAAAGAUUUUCUAUGGGGUUGAGAUCUGGAGACUAACUAGGCCACUCCAGGACCUUGAAAUGCUUCUUACGAAGCCACUCCUUCGUUGCCCGGGCGGUGUGUUUGGGAUCAUUGUCAUGCUGAAAGACCCAGCCACGUUUCAUCUUCAAUGCCCUUGCUGAUGGAAGGAGGUUUUCACUCAAAAUCUCACGAUACAUGGCCCCAUUCAUUCUUUCCUUUACACGGAUCAGUCGUCCUGGUCCCUUUGCAGAAAAACAGCCCCAAAGCAUGAUGUUUCCACCCCCAUGCUUCACAGUAGGUAUGGUGUUCUUUGGAUGCAACUCAGCAUUCUUUGUCCUCCAAACACGACGAGUUGAGUUUUUACCAAAAAGUUCUAUUUUGGUUUCAUCUGACCAUAUGACAUUCUCCCAAUCCUCUUCUGGAUCAUCCAAAUGCACUCUAGCAAACUUCAGACGGGCCUGGACAUGUACUGGCUUAAGCAGGGGGACACGUCUGCACUGCAGGAUUUGAGUCCCUGGCGGCGUAUUGUGUUACUGAUGGUAGGCUUUGUUACUUUGGUCCCAGCUCUCUGCAGGUCAUUCACUAGGUCCCCCCGUGUGGUUCUGGGAUUUUUGCUCACCGUUCUUGUGAUCAUUUUGACCCCACGGGGUGAGAUCUUGCGUGGAGCCCCAGAUCGAGGGAGAUUAUCAGUGGUCUUGUAUGUCUUCCAUUUCCUAAUAAUUGCUCCCACAGUUGAUUUCUUCAAACCAAGCUGCUUACCUAUUGCAGAUUCAGUCUUCCCAGCCUGGUGCAGGUCUACAAUUUUGUUUCUGGUGUCCUUUGACAGCUCUUUGGUCUUGGCAAUAGUGGAGUUUGGAGUGUGACUGUUUGAGGUUGUGGACAGGUGUCUUUUAUACUGAUAACAAGUUCAAACAGGUGCCAUUAAUACAGGUAACGAGUGGAGGACAGAGGAGCCUCUUAAAGAAGAAGUUACAGGUCUGUGAGAGCCAGAUCUUGCUUGUUUGUAGGUGACCAAAUACUUAUUUUCCACCAUAAUUUGCAAAUCAAUUCAUUAAAAAUCCUACAAUGUGAUUUUCUGGAUUUUUUUCCCUCAAUUUGUCUGUCAUAGUUGACGUGUACCUAUGAUGAAAAUUACAGGCCUCUCUCAUCUUUUUAAGUGGGAGAACUUGCACAAUUGGUGGCUGACUAAAAACUUUUUUCCCCCACUGUACACUUCCUGAUGUUUUGCUUGAAGUUAAUCUUGCAUUUUAACUUGCUACCGGAAAGUACCAGAGAAAAGUAGCCUACACAUCAGUCAGAGAGCAACUGGUGAUCCAAUGAUGAGAGCAAAGAUAUUUCAUCCAAGUGGAGAAGUGCAACUGAAGCAUGAAAUUAGUCCUUUUACAUUCAUGAUUUGGAGCGAACCCUGACUAAAGCUGAGAAGAAUUUACAGUAAGAAUUAUUUUAGAUUUGUGUUUACAAAACGUAGCAAGAUAUUUCUUUCUGCGUUUUAUCUUUCCUUUUCUGCAUGAAAAACGCAGAAUCCUGCGUUAACUUGACCCCAGUGAAUUUGUCACGUUUGCUCCAUGUGCUCUUUGUAACUGGCUCAAUUGAAUUUUUGUGACCAAAAAAUAAACAUUUGUGCUUAAAAUCAUACCAUUGGUAUACCGCCCAAGUCUCUCACUCCCUGUUUCACCUCUUCCCUCAUCUCCCCUUACACCUCCUCACCUCUCCCUCACCCCUCCUUACCUCUCCCUCCCCACCCCUCCUCUGUUAUCCUCUGAACACUCUUGGUCUGCAGGGUGCUAAUAUACUCUCUGAUGUGAGACAGGCAGGAUUUUGCUGAUCAGCGGGGGCAUUUUUCAUUUAAACCUCUGAGUCUGUCUGUAAAAGGGCUGCGGGAGAAAAAAAACCCUGGUCACCUCUGCAGCUCAGACCUCCUCUCAAAGACUGCUUAGUUUAACCGUGUCUCGGAUGGUUCUCCCCUUGUUUUUCCUUUGAAUGGCUGGCUGUGGUUUGUUCAUAAAGGCGAUGCAGCAAAUGGAUUGCGGAGUGCAGCCCAUGUUUACAAGUGCAGCGCGCCACUAAUUCUCCACAUCUUGAAGUCAUCACACCUCACUCUUAUAAAGCGCAGUAUUAACGUUUUUACACCACAGUCUCUCUCCAAUCAAAGCUGAACAAACAAACUGGGGCGACUGAUCUCCCCCCUCCAUUUUAGCAAUGUGGCAUUAAAUGUGAUUUUAAAGUUUCUUUUGGGAAGCGUACCAGACUGGUGAGGUGUAGGUGUCCUGAUAAAUGAGCUGUUUCUCUCUCUCCAUGUCUCUUGCUCUCUCCCUCCACCGUGUCUCGUUGUCUUUUAACUGACACAUAAAGGUCCCAGUAUCUCUGAGAUUCUGACCAUAGUCACUGGUUGGUGAUUGAUUUGUUACUUGUCAGAUGCAUGGAAGAAAUAUACAAAUCAAAUCCAUGACCAUCAUUGGUCAAAUCAGGUGGUUUUUAUUUGCAGUAGGCUAAAACUUGAAGAUGGAUGUUUAAAAAUAUUAGGCUAAAGUUUUUUUUCUUCUCAAGAAUCUUGGCCCCACUGUUUGCUCUCUGAGCUAGGCUAGCUAAGAGCUGUAUAUGGUUGAGGUAUUGGUAACACACGGCACUAAUUGCACAGUGUUUAUCCCCCCUUGCCUGGUACCAUUUGGGAGAACCGUGUGUGUGUGCGUGCACGCCUGUGUGUGAAGGCAAGGUCUUAUCUAGGCUUGGAGACUCACUUUGCUCCGUCCCCUUUGACCGGCUCUGAAGGCUACGCCGCCAGCAGCUAAUUGGCCGUUCAAGCGUACGCUGCUGUGGCGGCAGUGGUGGCGGCUGCAUGCUAAAUUCUCCCGGCUGUGUGUAGUCUGAACCUUUAAAUCUAAUCAGUCCCAUUGGCGCCACGAUCGAUGCCUUUUUCUCCCUUCCCCUCCGCUGCCUGAGUCGGCUGUCAGGAGCUAGAGGAAGGAGUUGCCUGGCCCCUUAGGCACAGAUAGGAACAGUUUACCCUCUCCAAAUUCUAACCGUAGCUGGGGGGAAUGCCAAACUGCCCUAAGGUCAGUGCCAGUCUAGGGGCGAGUCAGGGUCCAUCAGAAGGGAUGAUACAGAGGGAUAUUGGCAGGUACACACACACACACUGAGUUCUUCUCAACUCUCCUGCUCAGAGCAAUCCAUUUGAGGCCUCUCAUUUCAUGCUUGGCUUCACUAGACUGUCUGCUGUCAUACGCAACAAGGCUGAGGUAGACUGUCUGCCGUCAUACGCAACAAGGCUGAGGUAGACUGUCUGCUGUCAUACGCAACAAGGCUGAGAGAGAAUGUCUUCUGUCAUACGCAACAAGGCUGAGAGAGAAUGUCUUCUGUCAUACGCAACAAGGCUGAGAGAGACUGACUGUAACAGUUUCCGUGGAGCUGAACUAGAGGAGAGGAGUGUCUCAUUCUAACCCGGCUUGAGUCUCCAGGCAGAUCAGUAGGCAAGGCAAAGAAAGCCUUUCAGUGGAGUAUGGCUGGGGCUCAGGUGUUUUAAUGGAGCUGUGGCUGAGGAGUCUCUCCCUCUCUCUAACCGGUCUGUGGACUAGUCUCUCCCUCUCGCUAACCGGUCUGUGGACUAGUCUCUCCCUCUCGCUAACCGGUCUGUGGACUAGUCUCUCCCUCUCUAACCGGUCUGUGGACUAGUCUCUCCCUCUCGCUAACCGGUCUGUGGACUAGUCUCUCCCUCUCUCUAACCGGUCUGUGGACUAGUCUCUCCCUCUCUCUAACCGGUCUGUGGACUAGUCUCUCCCUCUCUCUAACCGGUCUGUGGACUAGUCUCUCCCUCUCUCUAACCGGUCUGUGGACUAGUCUCUCCCUCUCGCUAACCGGUCUGUGGACUAGUCUCUCCCUCUCGCUAACCGGUCUGUGGACUAGUCUCUCCCUCUCUCUAACCGGUCUGUGGACUAGUCUCUCCCUCUCUCUAACCGGUCUGUGGACUAGUCUCUCCCUCUCGCUAACCGGUCUGUGGACUAGUCUCUCCCUCUCUAACCGGUCUGUGGACUAGUCUCUCCCUCUCUCUAACCGGUCUGUGGACUAGUCUCUCCCUCUCUAACCGGUCUGUGGACUAGUCUCUCCCUCUCUCUAACCGGUCUGUGGACUAGUCUCUCCCUCUCUCUAACCGGUCUGUGGACUAGUCUCUCCCUCUCGCUAACCGGUCUGUGGACUAGUCUCUCCCUCUCUAACCGGUCUGUGGACUAGUCUCUCCCUCUCUCUAACCGGUCUGUGGACUAGUCUCUCCCUCUCUAACCGGUCUGUGGACUAGUCUCUCCCUCUCUCUAACCGGUCUGUGGACUAGUCUCUCCCUCUCUCUAACCGGUCUGUGGACUAGUCUCUCCCUCUCGCUAACCGGUCUGUGGACUAGUCUCUCCCUCUCGCUAACCGGUCUGUGGACUAGUCUCUCCCUCUCUCUAACCGGUCUGUGGACUAGUCUCUCCCUCUCUCUAACCGGUCUGUGGACUAGUCUCUCCCUCUCGCUAACCGGUCUGUGGACUAGUCUCUCCCUCUCUCUAGCCUGUGUUGUCUGUGGACCAGAGUCUCAGCCAGCCAGCCUGCGUGCUGAGACCUGACUGUUAUUACCACUCAGGUUGGAGAAUGUGUCUAAUAGAGAAUUUUCAGCUUCAGUCGUAACAAAGACCAGGGUGAAUCAUCAUGGCCGGGGCCCAGCCGCCGCACUUCAGGUUAUAGAAUCUUGAGAACUCACAGGAUUUUGGAUGACUCAAAGUGUCAAAGGAUUUCCCACUCGUUCUCCUUUUAUGUCCCGCCUGGCUGCACUUGGCAUUAUGCCGUCUCCUGGAUGGAUUUUGGUUUCUCGCCCAUGGAACCUUUAUUUUUUUAUUUUUUAAGUGCUCCAGCUAUGGUUGUCAGAUGGAUGAAUGGUCUAUCAGAAUGCUGGUACUAUAGUAUUUCAGCUGUUUUCUCUUUCUGGAACUCUCAUUUCUCGGUCUCUCUCCCUCUACAUGCUCAUUCUGUAACAGGACUGGCUGCUGCAACUUGUGGACAUGGUGUCUGAGACACAGGUGCUAGCUUUCAUAGGAUAUCUGCAUAUUGUAUAGACCUAGUAGAAAUAUAUCUUCCCAUUCAGUGGUCUUCUGUAGGUCAGUUGGUAGAGCAUGGCGCUUUUGCAAUGCCAGGAACGUGGGUUCAAUUCCCAGGACCACCAUACGUAAAAAAAGUUAUGCACCCAUGACUAAGUCGCUUUGGAAAAAAGUGUCUACUAAAUGGCUGUUGUUAUUAUUAUUCAGUGACUGCAGGCCUAAUUGAUAAAGGUGCUAAGUAGAGUCAAGCUCCUUAACCCCUAAACUGCCAGUAAAUCUUCAUUAGAGUUCUCUGACAGCACUGAUCUCUCUUACUGACAGACUAUCCCAUUACAACCUGGCAACCUGACUGUUCAGGCACUCCCACUCUGGAAGAGGGAGGAUCUCUCCAACUUGAAAACCUGACAGUCUAAGCACUGCGCUGUGUGUGCGACGGUUUGCCUCUCAUGCCAUUGUAAUCUUUGUCUGAACACACACACACACACACACACACACACCCUUACGUACAGGACCUUGACAUGAGCAUGUGAUUUGGACUCUAGGCCUCAUUAGUGCUCUGUGUGUGUGUGUGUGUGUGUGUUGUUUACUCAGCGCUCAGAGUUAAUUCCUCCCUAAGACCCUAGCCAGCCACAAGAAUGCUCCCUGCUGCUCUGGAGACUGGAGAGGAGGGAAGCCCAUAGCCCAGGCUCUUCUAUGUCAGUCACCCUUUUCUGCACGCAUGCCCAUACUUAUUAUUGAGUUCCCCUCAACUCUCCGGCUCUGAUCAGUCCAGCCCAGGGCUGUGUUCACUUGGAAGAAAACGUUCCAAUACCGAGUGAAAGAGGGAGGUACUAUAUGAAUAUGAACUUGUCCAAUAUGUUUUUUGUUAUUUUUUGUUAUCCAUAGCAAAACGUUUUGCUACCGGGUGCCCUAGUGAACACGACCCAGGCCUCAGUGCCCAUUCAUUUCAGGCAUAGCUUCACUGCUGUCAGACCCAACAGAGUUAUCAUGAAGUGGUUCAACUGGCCACAUGGAGAACCUCCUCACCUACUCAACCCCUCUUCAGCACAACUCCAGUUAACGAGGCAUGGUAUUGUAAGCCUAUUAGUUUAGACCAGGGGUGUCAAACUCAUUUUAACUCAGGGGCCACAUGGAGGAAAAUCUAUUCCCAAGUGGGCCGGACCGGAAAAAUCAUGGUAUAUAUAUAACUUAAAAACAACAACUUCAGAUUGUUUUCUUUGUUUUAAUACGAUCAACAUACAACAUAAAGCUGGAGCCUGAGGACAGUGUGUCCAAAAUAGUACAAGCACAACAUCACUAUUAAUCAUAAAACACCUGAAGUUUAUUUGAAAAUUCUAAAGAAAAAGAACACAAACACACAAUGCCUCAGUGAUUAACAGAACUGUUUCACAGAUCACAGAACUAUAUCAGGGGGUCAUUUCUCAGGCAGAAAUGUAGAUAAAAAGAAUGAAAUCCUGUUCCCCAAACAAGUGCAAGAACCACAGAGUCAAGAAUAGGUUAAAUAUACAAAUAAAAUAAAAUCAAUUAAAAACAAUAGCACAUCAACAUAAAAACAUAUAAACAUAAAGCUGGAGCCUGAGGACAGUGUGUCCAAAAGCACAACAUCACUAUUAAUCAUAAAACACCUCAAGUUAUUUAAAAGUUCUGAGGACAAAGAACACACAAUGCCUCAGUGAUUCACAGAAGUAUAUCACAGAUCACAGAACUAUAUCAGGGUGUCUCAUGUAGCACUUUAAGUGGGGUUGCAUAGUUUAUUUGACUCCUGAUACCUGGCAUCUUUUAGCUUUCACCAGCGCAUCAAUAUCAGGCGUCACAUCCUGAGUGGCAGCCAACUUCAGGAUGUGAUUCAAGUGCUUGUGCGUGAGCCUUGAGCGCAGCUUUUUUUUAUUUAUGCUCAUUACAGAGAGAACUUGCUCACAAAGAUAUGUGGUUCCAAACAUGCACAACAGUUUUGCAGCGAGGGCUGUCAAGUUGGGGUAACCUGGCAAGAGAUUCUGAUUAAAUGUGUCCAAGCCAGCUGCGGCAAAUUUGCCCUUCAAAUCCGAGUCACACUGCAAGUCUAUUAUUUAAAGUUGGAUGCUGACGGGCAGAUCAGAGGGAUUCACGGUGAAUGGCGAGCAAAAAACGUUGAAGUCUUUCUCCAGUUCACCAAAGAUCUGAAAGCGUUGCUCAAACUCCCGUAACAGUCCCGUUAUUUUAUCUUUGAACCGCUUCAUGUCUGCCACAUGUUGGGUCGCGCACACAUUUUUCAGACAGGGGAAGUGAGCUGCAUCACCACCGGCAAGUUGCGUAUCCCACAAUGACAGCUUCAACUUGAAAGAACGUAUGCUGUCAUAAUACUGCGUGACAACUUUGUUGCGCCCUUGCAGCUGUUUGUUCAAGUUAUUCAGGUGCUCUGUAACAUCCACCAUAAAUGCAAGGUCCUGCAUCCAUUCUGCGGAAUGGAAUUCUAACACUGUUCAAUUUCUUCUCGUAAAUCAAAGAAACGCCUCAGCACCUCGGCUUAACCAUCUUACCUCAGUGUGGUAUGGCAGGCCAUAGAUGUGGUCUUUCUCUCUGAGAAGGCUGUCAAACUGACGGUGAUUCAGGCUUCUGGAUCGGAUGAAAUUAACAGUUUGGAUGACCACCUUCAUGACGUUAUCCAUCUUUAAUGACUUGCAACACAAAGCCUCCUGGUGCAAAAUACAGUGAAAAGUCAAAAAAUCACAUCCUCCAUUUGCAGAUUGCACUUUCUCUCUGAACUUUGUCACAACGCCUGCUUUUUUCCCGAUCAUUGAGGGCGCACCAUCUGUAGCCAGGCUGACAGCGCGGGACCAGUCCACUCCGACCCUGUCCAGCGCGCCGACGAGUGCGGUAAAAAUAUCAGCUGCUGUCGUUGUAUCUGUCAUCGGCACCAACUCCACGAACUCCUCGGUGACGGUCAAUGUGUCAUCAACUCCGCGGAUGAAAAUGGCCAGUUGUGCAACAUCUGUAAUGUCCGUGCUUUCAUCAAUUGCAACCGAAAACGCAAUAAAUGACUUUACUUUUUGCUUCAACUGGCUGUCCAAAUCCACUGAAAGAUCGGAAAUCCUGUCUGCAACUGUGUUUCUUGUCAGGCUGAUAUUUACAAAAGCCUGACUCUUUUCAGGGCACACAAUCUCAGCUGCCUUCAUCAUGCAUGUUUUUACAAAUUCACCCUCACUAAAUGGUUUUGAAGCCACUGCGAUUUCAUUAGCAAUGAGGUAGCUAGCUUUCACUGCAGCGUCACUGAUGUCUCGGCUGUGAGUAAACACAGACUUGACCUACUUGCUCUGCCCCGGUAUAAACAGUUUGCUUGCUUAACACAAUUGCUAUUGCGCCAUCCAGUGGACGCAAUUGGAACAGCAGUUUAUUUUAUUGAAAAAUUGCAGCGCAUUUUUAUACUUUACAAAAUCAUCUCGCGGGCCGGAUUAAACCCGUUUGCGGGCCUGAUCCGGCCCGCGGGCCGGACGUUUGACACCCCUGGUUUAGACCCAGUGCAACCUCUCCCCUUACUAACAUGUAUGAUACACAAAGAACUUCCUAAUGAAUACAAUGAUGUCAUCGUCAUCUAACAGUUAUUGUUGGGGUAUACAGCUGUUAUUACAUCAGGGAGACAGUGAUGUGUUGGGACUGUGGAGUUGGGAUGGUGAGGUGGGAGAAUAGGCUACACGGCAGGGUUUCCGUUAGCCAGUAGUAGCUGGCUUUUGGCAAAAAUCCCAUUGCAAAAUAAUGCUUUUUAGCCUAUUCAUUGAUGGAAAUACCAGUCCAUGUAAAUACAUUUGACUGGUCAUGCUGAUCGGUGUGUAGGUUAAUUUGCAUAAUUUAGUGGAAUUAAAUUGGCGAGUGUUUUCUUUAGUCGUUAUUUAUCUUUAUCACACGCGGACUAGUGAUGCGCGGGUUGACUCAUAACCCGCAGUCCCCGCGGUUAUAUCCUCUGGGCGGACGGCUUUAGGGUCAUUAAAUAUUGUGUGGCUGAAGGGCGUGUGGGUGGGUGGCGGACAGGUUGAAUAAAGACAAACAAUAGCUUAAAAAUCCAUAAAUAUGUAAUUAUUGUGAAAUUUAUAUAGUCUACAUUGAGGUUUUUCUUUAAUUAUUUUAGGAUAUCUGGGAUUGGUGCAUAAGCCUAAACUUUAGGGCUUAACUGUACGCGUGCCAAAUUGCUUACACAGCCAAUCACUAAAUAAUGCUUUUGGGAAUCCACGGAGGCAAAAAGGACAUUGUCGAAAUGUAAUUCAAUAAGACAAAAGCUGCCAAAGGAGAGUUGAAAAUAAAACGAAGGAAGGGCCAGAAAAGUAAUUUUUGGAAAAUAUUUGGUAGCAGUGCCGGCUAUGUUAUAUGUGAUGAGGCGUUAUACAAAUUACAGUCACAAGAAGGGUCUUAAAAUAGGCCUAUGGUAUGUCAAGGGAACUGUAGCCUACUGUUUAGAUGGGUUAAAUUAAAACUGAAAUCUGGACGACUAACCAGAAUAAUCUACUGUUUUUUGGCAAACUCUAAAGUCCUCUGAUAAUACUAGUCCUGUGCGAAUCGACAUCCAUGUGUUUUGAGAGAAAUGUCUGAGUUUGACAGGUGUUGCUCGUGGUUUGAGCAAGAAAACAAUAACUGAUUUGAUAAAUUGAACUAAGUGCUGUGGAUAGCCUGUAUAUGAAGGGGCUACAUGUAUCAACUUUGACAGUGAAUGCUUUUAUUUCUACGUUUUGUGCAAAUGAAUUGAACAUCGGCAAAUGCAUCAUAAAAAAAUAUUGCGCCUAUUUAAUGAAACACUUGCUGUUAAUAGAUCGCAAAGCAGCAUACAACUGAGCUAAACGUUUGGAACAAGUUCAUUUUCUCAUCCAUAGCCUGUUAGCUGUUUAGCUCACAUCUGUAGGCUGGGGGGCAUCUAGGACGUCUUCUACUGCGGAACGCUAAAAUAUCCUUAUAAUUAUGAUCACACUUCCUCAAUUCAAAUAUUAUAGUGACACUAUACCAAAGAUGGUUUAGAAACUUGGGAACCAAGCUCGAGUUAUCAGUGUAGCCUGUUAUCGCCUGGACUUGUUGAAAUAUCUUCACGCCUAGAAAAAAACCCCAGGCUUCCGUCAUAACUGUCAUUUUAUUUAUAUAUAUAUAUAUAUAUAUACACACACACAGUUGAAGUCGGAAGUUUACAUACACUUAGGUUGGAGUCAUUAAAACUCGUUUUUCAACCACUACACACAUUUAUUGUUAACAAACUAUAGUUUUGGCAAGUCGGUUAGGACAUCUACUUUGUGCAUGACACAAGUAAUUUUUCCAACAAUUGUUUACAGACAGAUGAUUUCACUUAUAAUUCACUAUCACAAUUCCAGUGGGUCAGAAGUUUACAUACAGUGAGGGAAAAAAGUAUUUGAUCCCCUGCUGAUUUUGUACGUUUGCCCACUGACAAAGAAAUGAUCAGUCUAUAAUUUUAAUGGUAGGUUUAUUUGAACAGUGAGAGACAGAAUAACAAAAAAAAAUCCAGAAAAACGCAUGUCAAAAAUGUUAGAAAUUGAUUUGCAUUUUAAUGAGGGAAAUAAGUAUUUGAACCCUCUGCAAAACAUGACUUAGUACUUGGUGGCAAAACCCUUGUUGGCAAUCACAGAGGUCAGACGUUUCUUGUAGUUGGCCACCAGGUUUGCACACAUCUCAGGAGGGAUUUUGUCCCACUCCUCUUUGCAGAUCUUCUCCAAGUCAUUAAGGUUUCGAGCCUGACGUUUGGCAACUCGAACCUUCAGCUCCCUCCACAGAUUUUCUAUGGGAUUAAGGUCUGGAGACUGGCUAGGCCACUCCAGGACCUUAAUGUGCUUCUUCUUGAGCCACUCCUUUGUUGCCUUGGCUGUGUGUUUUGGGUCAUUGUCAUGCUGGAAUACCCAUCCACGACCCAUUUUCAAUGCCCUGGCUGAGGGAAGGAGGUUCUCACCCAAGAUUUGACGGUACAUGGCGCCGUCCAUCGUCCCUUUGAUGCGGUGAAGUUGUCCUGUCCCCUUAGCAGAAAAACACCCCCAAAGCAUAAUGUUUCCACCUCCAUGUUUGACGGUGGGGAUGGUGUUCUUGGGGGUCAUAGGCAGCAUUCCUCCUCCUCCAAACAUGGCGAGUUGAGUUGAUGCCAAAGAGCUCGAUUUUGGUCUCAUCUGACCACAACACUUUCACCCAGUUCUCCUCUGAAUCAUUCAGAUGUUCAUUGGCAAACUUCAGACGGGCAUGUAUAUGUGCUUUCUUGAGCAGGGGGACCUUGCGGGCGCUGCAGGAUUUGUCCUUCACGGCGUAGUGUGUUACCAAUUGUUUUCUUGGUGACUAUGUUCCCAGCUGCCUUGAGAUCAUUGACAAGAUCCUCCCGUGUAGUUCUGGACUGAUUCCUCAAUGUUCUCAUGAUCAUUGCAACUCCAUGAGGUGAGAUCUUGCAUGGAGCCCCAGGCCGAGGGAGAUUGACAGUUCUUUUGUGUUUCUUCCAUUUGCGAAUAAUCGCACCAACUGUUGUCACCUUCUCACCAAGCUGCUUGGCGAUGGUCUUGUAGCCCAUUCCAGCCUUGUGUAGGUCUACAAUCUUGUCCCUGACAUCUUUGGAGAGCUCUUUGGUCUUGGCCAUGGUGGAGAGUUUGGAAUCUGAUUGAUUGAUUGCUUCUGUGGACAGGUGUCUUUUAUACAGGUAACAAGCUGAGUUUAGGAGCACUCCCUUUAAGAGUGUGCUCCUAAUCUCAGCUCGUUACCUGUAUAAAAGACACCUGGGAGCCAGAAAUCUUUCUGAUUGAGAGGGGGUCAAAUACUUAUUUCCCUCAUUAAAAUGCAAAUCAAUUUAUAACAUUUUUGACAUGCGUUUUUUUUUGUUUGUUAUUCUGUCUCUCACUGUUCAAAUACCAUUAAAAUUAUAGACUGAUCAUUUCUUUGUCAGUGGGCAAACGUACAAAAUCAGCAGGGGAUCAAAUACUUUUUCCCCUCACUGUACACUAAGUUGACUGUGCCUUUAAACAGCUAGGAAAAUUCCAGAAAAUGAUGUCAUGGCUUUAGAAGCUUCUGGUAGGCUAAUUGACAUAAUUUGAGUCAAUUGGAGGUGUACCUGUGGAUGUAUUUCACCUACCUUCAAACUCAGUGCCUCUUUGCUUGACAUCAUGGGAAAAUCAAAAUAAAUCAGCCAAGACCUCAGAAAAAAAUGUGUAGACCUCCACAAGUCUGGUUCAUCCUUGGGAGCAAUUUCCAAAUGCCUGAAGGUACCACGUUCAUCUGUACAAACAAUAGUACGUAAGUAUAAACACCAUGGGACCACAUAGCCGUCAUACCGCUCAGGAAUGAGACUCGUUCUGUCUCCUAGAGAUGAAGGUACUUUGGUGCGAAAAGUGCAAAUCAAUCCCAGAACAACAACAAAGGACCUUGUGAAGAUGCUGGAGGAAACAGGUACAAAAGUAUCUAUAUCCACAGUAAAACGAGUCCUAUAUCGACACAAUCCGAAAGGCAAGGAAGAAGCCACUGCUCCAAAACCGCCAUAAAAAAGCCAUACUACGGUUUGCAACUGCACAUGGGGACAAAGAUCAUACCUUUUGGAGAAAUGUCCUCUGGGCUGAUGAAACAAAAAUAGAACUGUUUGGCCAUAAUGACCAUCGUUAUGUUUGGAGGAAAAAGGGGGGAGGUUGCAAGCCGAAGAACACCAUCCCAACCGUGAAGCACGGGGGUGGCAGCAUCAUGCUGUGGGGGUGCUUUGCUGCAGGAGGGACUGGUGCACUUCCUCAUGAUGCCAUCUAUUUUGUGAAGGAAAAUGAUGUGGAUAUAUUGAAGCAACCUCUCAAGACAUCAGUCAGGAAGUUAAAGCUUGGUCGCAAAUGGGUCUUCCAAAUGGACAGUGACCCCAAGCAUACUUCCAAAGUUGUGGCAAAAUGGCUUAAGGACAACAACGUCAAGGUAUUGGAUAUCUAUAACAAAGCCCUGACCUCAAUCCUAUAGAAAAUUAGUGGGCAAAACUAAAAAAGCGUGUGCGAGCAAGGAGGCCUACAAACCUGACUCAGUUACACCAGCUCUGUCAGGAGGAAUGGGCCAAAAUUCACCCAACUUAUUGUGGGAAGCUUGUGGAAGGCUACCUUGAAUUGUUUGACCGAAGUUAAACAAUUUUAAAGGCAAUGCUACCAAAUACUAAUUGAGUGUAUGUAAACUUCUGACCCACUGGGAAUGUGAUGAAAUAAAUAAAAGCUGAAAUAAAUAAUUCUCUCUACUAUUAUUCUGACAUUUCACUUUCUUAAAAUAAAGUGGUUAUCCUAACUGAUCUAAGACAGGGAAUUUUUACUAGGAUUAAAUGUCAGGAAUUGUGAAACUGAGUUUAAAUGUAUUUGGCUAAGGUGUAUGUAAACUUCCGACUUCAACUGUGUGUGUGUGUUGUGUGUGUAUGUAUGUAAUAAUAGAUAUAUAUGAUAUAUCUAAGUAUAAUAUGUAUGUAUAAUAUAUAUAUAUAUAUAUAUAUCUAUUAUGAUAUAUAGAUAUAUAUAUAUAUAUAUACAUAUAUACAUACAUACAUACAUACAUACAUACAUACAUACAUACAUACAUACAUACAGUGGGGAGAACAAGUAUUUGAUACACUGCCGAUUUUGCAGGUUUUCCUACUUACAAAGCAUGUAGAGGUCAGAAAAUCACAUUGUAUGAUUUUUAAGUAAUUCAUUUGCAUUUUAUUGCAUGACAUAAGUAUUUGAUCACCUACCAACCAGUAAGAAUUCCGGCUCUCACAGACCUGUUAGUUUUUCUUUAAGAAGCCCUCCUGUUCUCCACUCAUUACCUGUAUUAACUGCACCUGUUUGAACUCGUUACCUGUAUUAAAGACACCUGUCCACAGACUCCAACCUCUCCACAAUGGCCAAGACCAGAGAGCUGUGUAAGGACAUCAGGGAUAAAAUUGUAGACCUGCACAAGGCUGGGAUGGGCUACAGGACAAUAGGCAAGCAGCUUGGUGAGAAGGCAACAACUGUUGGCGCAAUUAUUAGAAAAUGGAAGAAGUUCAAGAUGACGGUCAAUCACCCUCGGUCUGGGGCUCCAUGCAAGAUCUCACCUCGUGGGGCAUCAAUGAUCAUGAGGAAGGUGAGGGAUCAGCCCAGAACUACACGGCAGGACCUGGUCAAUGACAUGAAGAGAGCUGGGACCACAGUCUCAAAGAAAACCAUUGGUAACACACUACGCCGUCAUGGAUUAAAAUCCUGCAGCGCACGCAAGGUCCCCCUGCUCAAGCCAGCGCAUGUCCAGGCCCGUAUGAAGUUUGCCAAUGACCAUCUGGAUGAUCCAGAGGAGGAAUGGGAGAAGGACAUGUGGUCUGAUGAGACAAAAAUAGAGCUUUUUGGUCUAAACUCCACUCGCAGUGUUUGGAGGAAGAAGAAGGAUGAGUACAACCCCAAGAAAACCAUCCCAACCGUGAAGCAUGGAGGUGGAAACAUAAUUCUUUGGGGAUUCUUUUCUGCAAAGGGGACAGGACGACUGCACCGUAUUGAGGGGAAGAUGGAUGUGGCCAUGUAUCGCGAGAUCUUGGCCAACAACCUCCUUCCCUCAGUAAGAGCAUUGAAGAUGGGUCGUGGCUGGGUCUUCCAGCAUGACAACGACCCGAAACACACAGCCAGGGCAACUAAGGAGUGGCUCCGUAAGAAGCAUCUCAAGGUCCUGGAGUGGCCUAGCCAGUCUCCAGAUCUUAACCCAAUAGAAAAUCUUUGGAGGGAGCUGAAAGUCCGUAUUGCCCAGCGACAGCCCCGAAACCUGAAGGAUCUGGAGAAGGUCUGUAUGGAGGAGUGGGCCAAAAUCCCUGCUGCAGUUUGUGCAAACCUGGUCAAGACCUACAGGAAACGUAUGAUCUCUGUAAUUGCAAACAAAGGUUUCUGUACCAAAUAUUAAGUUCUGCUUUUCUGAUGUAUCAAAUACUUAUGUCAUGCAAUAAAAUGCAAAUUAAUUACUUAAAAAUCAUACAAUGUGAUUUUCUGGAUUUUUGUUUUAGAUUCCGUCUCUCACAGUUGAAGUGUACCUAUGAUAAAAAUUACAGACCUCUACAUGCUUUGUAAGUAGGAAAACCUGCAAAAUCGGCAGUGUAUCAAAUACUUGUUCUCCCCACUGUAUGAGUGUGUGUGUGUGUGUGUGUGUGUAUAUAUAUAUUAUUUUUUUAUUUUAUUUUAAAGUGCGAAUUACAGGGGCAGUGCAGUUUGGAAAAAACGUAUCCCGUCCGAAUCGUCCUCUGGAAUAACGGUCAAUCUGGGGUCAUAAAUACAUAACCAACGUUCUCUAGUAAUACUAGUCCCGUGCAAAUAGGUCUAUAGCCUUAGUAAUAACUCCUGCAGAAUUAAGCAUUUCUUGUAGUCAAAUUAUACACCAAAUGUAGGCAAAAUUUGGCCUUGGGAACAGGAGUGGAGAAAUAUCAUUUUUUUCAUUCUGCAUCUUGAGAGAAUACAAUGCUCAGUUAGACAAUCUGUAGAAGUGUUGUCUUCAUCAUAAAAGCUGAUAAUAUUUUAACCACAUAAAAUAUGCAUCGAAGCCAAACUUAAAUCUUAUCAGAAACACUUUGGGUCGUUUUCACAGCUUUCUUUUUCUUUACAACCGGUCAAACUGAUGUCAUUUGAGCGUAUUGUGUUUACUCCCCAGUUCCUAAACGUCUUUGCUCCACGAAAGAUGACAGAGAGAACUUUACUGACGUCAACUAGAUUGAAGCAUUCAUUCUAUCUAUCUAUGACAUUAUUCUGUUGAGCAAGGGUUUAUUUAGUCUUCUAGGGCAACAUAUAAUGACAGAAGAGAAGCUGCAUGUAUCUAAUUAUGGACAAGUUGACUAACAAAUAGCCAACCAAAAUAUUGGAAAUUAUAAGCAGAAACUUCUCUAAAUCAGGCUAAACAAAAUCCUGCACCCACUGUAAAAAAGAUUGUUCUGCAGUCUUUGACUGUAGCCUAUAGCGCAUUUUCUAUACUUGUGGGUUAGGGUUGGGUGCGGGCCUCAGAUUUUCACUUUCACAUAUAGUCGGCCGGUUGCGGAUGGGUUAUUAGCAAUUGCUGGCAGGUGCAGAUGAACAAACAGCUGACCCGCGCACCACUAACAUGCACAGCUUACAGAUACUGAACCUAAGCGGAAAAUCUGUCAGACAGUGCAAAAGCUGCUGCCACAGCUCCUCCAACAUCUUGUUCGUUGCUGCUGGAGUGCAACAUGCUUUUAUAAGCCCAAUCAUUUCGCAAGAAUUCUAAAUGCAAUUGCAUGUUAAAAACAGUUUUGAUUGUCAUGAUUAAAAAUAUAUACUAUGGUAUAUGAAGCACGUUUUUCCAUUCACCAUUCAAGUGCACAGGCAACGAUAGGCAGGCUUCACACACCACUUUGCAAUGAGGUGGAGGCAGUAUGCAUUUUGAAAACAUACUUAAUUGUUUGAAACCUGAACGUUUUACUUCAUAUUAUGAGGCAUGUCUUACCUUGCUUCAAAGUAGCCUAUAGCGUUGUUUCACCUCAAAAAGCACAAGAGGAUUUCGACUCCCACCAUCUCAGCUUGUUCUGAAAUCAUUUCUGUUAGAAAAAUAUAUUAGCAUUCCUGCAACAUUAUGUUGUUGAAAUAUAAUUGAAUCACUGAGAAACUAAGCUAAUUGAUUGCACCCAAAUUGGCCAUUACAUUUUUUUGGAUUCAUAUAAUAUUUAAUAAAUAGAGUACUUUGAUUGCACCCAAAUUGGCCAUUUAAUUUAUAGGAAUCAUAUAUUUAAUAAAUAUAGUACGUAACGUCAGAUUUGGACCACAUUUUUUCUAACAAUUAGUUAGACAUGAGGAAUCCAAAGAAACGUCUCUUAUAUUACCAGGUUCUGACCGCUAGAUGGGGCUGUUCCUGCUAUUAGGUGAAUAAUGUAAUUGUAUUCUCAGCUAGUUUGUUCCCCCCCCCGUUAACGAGAAAUUAGUAAUUGAAGUUGUUAGGUUUAUGGCCCAUCCUACAUCCUGUAUUUACAAGGUUCUGACCUCUGAUUUCUGUCAUUCUGCACACCGUGGGUGGACGCCCUAAUCGGGUUACGCACCCAAUGCAUAUGGGUCCGGUAAAUUUCUAAAAUGUUCGGUAAAUUUAAAAUGCUGCCGGUCAAAUCUCAGGCACCGCAUUUUCCUAAUGAAAACCCUUGUACACGGCUAGGCUAUUUUUAGGAAUUGGCCAGGGAGCUCUAUGCAGUGAACAGGGGAACCCAGAGACGGUGAGCAGAAACGCACACAUGUCUCGGCACAGCUUCCAAGCAGACUGCAGUUCUUCAGUCCUACAUUAGCAUUUGGGCCCCAAUCCAGCAGCGGAGAGAAGAGGAAGGGGUAGCUUAAGCUAGCAUCUCCAGCAGCUGGGACAGUGUGUGUCUGGCUGUGUAGGUUAUGUGAGUGUCUUUCGUGUUCAUCAGUACUAUAGUGUCAUUACUAAAUGUGACUUUCAGUAAGAGUGUGUUUGUGUAUUGUGCUGUCGUCCGUUCUGUUCCUGGACUAUGUUUGGAGGAUUGCUAACUUUGACAGCCAGGCUAAACACUGUCAGACAGGCUGAUAGUAAACUGGCUAAAGCCUUUAUCUCACUCUGACUGCCAUUUUGACAACCUGUGAAUUGGAUACUAUUCUGUUCUGUGGGGACUUUCGCUUAAUGUUGACAGCAACAAUUUGUCUUGUCAAACAAGCACAACAACAGGCAAAUCAUGACUGAAAGUUACUGAGAGAACAGGCGUAGAAAGACACCACCUAAACUGUAUGUUUUUCUUCCAUUAGACCUGGUGUCGCUGUUCGACCUGGAGAAUGACCUCCCGGACGAGCUGAUCCCAAUUGGGGACUUGGGUGGCUUGAUGGGCAUGUCCUCCAAUGGCGGGGGAGGAGGAGUGCCUGGAGGAGGUCCCCGGGGCCUGGGCUCCAUGGUCCCUGAUGCUGCCGCCAAGCACAAGCAGCUGUCGGAGCUCCUGAGGGCGGGCAGUGCUGGGCCCGGCGGCAUGGGCCCCAUGAUGGGGAAAGGCCCCAUGAUGGGGAAAGGCCCCAUGGGCCAGGGCUCGCCCAACCAAGCCCAGAAAGGAAGCCCCGUCAGCGGACAACAAGGCAACGGCUCCAUGGCGGGCUUCAACCAGGCUAUGAUGAACAGCCAGGGACACGGGAUGCCGGGCCAGGUGAUGAACGGGGCCCUGGGGCCGGCGGGACGGGGCAGGCUGGGGCUGCAGCAGUAUCAGGUCCAGGCCAUGCAGGAUGCUGGGGGGGGCGCAGGGCCGGGAGGCAGCAGUGUGCUGGCUGAGACUCUGGCUCAGGGGGGAGGGCAGAUGGGAGCUCACAACACCAUGAACACCCAGCAGGCUGGCAACAUGAAUAAGGUGAGUGUUGGUGCAUGUACUGUCUGUUUACUGUCUGGCUUCACUAGGGACCUAGGGUUUUGACUAGUCUGGCCAGGAAAACUCAUUGCCUUGCCGUAUGAUUUUUGAUUGUAAAACUGGAGUAAAUACAUUUGUCAAUUAUUUAUUUAUAUACAGUGCCAGUCAAAGAUUUGGACACCUGCUCAUUCAAGGGUUUUUCUUAAUUUUUACUAUUUUCUACAUUGUAGAAUAAUAGUGAAGACAUCAAAACUAUGAAAUAACACACAUGGAAUCGUAACCAAAAAAGUGUUAAACAAAUCAAAAUAUAUUUUAUAUUUGAGAUUCUUUAAAGUAGCCACCCUUUGCCUUGACAGCUUUGCACGCGCUUGGCAUUCUGUCAACCAGCUUCACCUGGAAUGCUUUUCCAACAGUCUUGAAGGAGUGCCCACAUGUGCUGAGCACUUGCUGGCUGCUUUUCCUUCACUCUGCGGUCCAACUCAUCCCAAACUAUCUCAAUUGGGUUGAGGACGGGUGAUUGUGGAGGCCAGGUCAUCUGAUGCAGCACUCCAUCACUCUUCUUCUUGGUCAAAUAGCCCUUACACAGCCUGGAGGUGUGUCGGGUCAUUGUCCUGUUGAAAAACAAAUGAUAGUCCCACUAAGCGCAAACCAGAUGGAAUGGUGUAUCGCUGAAGAAUGCUGUGGUAGCCAUGCUGGUUAAGUGUGCCUUGAAUUCUAAAUAAAUCACACAGUGUCACCAGCAAAGCACCAUCACACCACCUCCUCCAUGCUUUACGGUGGGAACCACACAUGCGGAGAUCAUCCAUUCACCUACUCUGCGUCUCACAAAGACACAGCUGUUGGAACCAAAAAUCUCAAAUUUGGACUCAUCAGACCAAAGGACAGAUUUCCACCGGUCUAAUGUCCAUUGCUCGUGUUUCUUGGCCCAAGCAAGUCUUCUUCUUAUUGGUGUCCUUUAGUAGUGGUUUCUUUGCAGCAAUUCGACCAUGAAGGUCUGCUUCACGCAGUCUCCUCUGAACAGUUGAUGUUGAGAUGUGUCUGUUACUUGAACUUUGAAGCAUUUAUUUGGUCUACAAUUUCUAAGGCUGGUAACUCUCUAAUGAACUUAUCCAGCAGAGGUAACUCUGUGUACUUCCUUUCCUGUGGCGGUCCUCAUGAGAGCCAGUUUCAUCAUAGCGCUUGAAGGUUUUUGCGACUGCACUUGAAGAAACGUUCAAAGUUCUUGGAAUUUCCCGUAUUGACUGACCUUCACAGCUUAUUUGAGCUUGCCAUAAUAUGGACUUGGUCUUUUACCAAAUAGGGCUAUCUUCUGUAUACCACCCCUACCUUGUCACAACACAACUGAUUGGCUCAAACGCAUUAAGAAGGAAAGAAAUUCCACAAAUGUAACUUUUAACAAAGCACACCUGUUAAUUGAAAUGCAUUCCAGGUGACUACCUCGUGAAGCUGGUUGAGAGAAUGCCAAGAGUGUGCAAAGCUGUCAUCAAGGCAAAGGGUGGCUACUUUUGAAGAAUCUCAAAUAUCAAAUAUAUUUUGAUUUGUGUAACACUUUUUUGGUUACUACAUGAUUCCAUAUGUGUUAUUUCAUAGUUUUGAUGUCUUCACUAUUAUUCUACAAAGUAGAAAAUAGUAAAAAUAAAGAAAAACCCUGGAAUGAGUAGGUGUGUCCAAACUUUUGACUGGUACUGUAUAUAUCUCACCUUUUUGAUUAGAUUGUUUCAUUAUAUUCAUCCAGUCUUGACACAGAUGGGAGUGGGAAAUGAUGUCCUUGCUUUACUGUGUCCCAUAGUCUUCCCAUGCUUUGAGAGCAAUGCUUUCUUAAUGGCUUGUUCAUUGCAUUGUCCGUUCCAUGCAUGCUUUGCAUCGGUACGUCUGUCUGUCCAGAUAGGAAGCUUGAUGUUGGUUUGGUGGCAUCGGUACAGCUCUGGUAUCCCUGCUCAUCACUGUUGAGCUAUGAGAUGCAAAGUCAUGUCUCUCUGUUUGGAACAGGGAUUCCCUGCUCAUAUAGACUGAUCUCUUGAUACACUCACUGUGUGUGUGUGAGAGAAUCGGAGUGUGAGUGUGCAUUGUUCUUGUACUGCUUGAGCGCUAUAAUCCCUGUUGGUCAAUACGUGUACACAUACAUCUGUUGGUCUCCCUCUCUCUGAUGCAUCCUUGUCUCCCACACAUCCAUCUGUAAGCUUACCCUGGGAUUGUUGGAGGAACAGGACACCCAGCUGGGGUGUUGAAUACAUCCCUUCAGUACAGCAGAAGUGACCUUUCAUAGCAUGUUAGGAGCACAGGCCUGCCCUCAGAACAGCCUUUUCCAAUAACGGGAUUCUGCCUGUAGCUACUGGAGUCAGAGGUCUCCAUAGCGGAUCAAUACUAACGUUAUCCACUGGAUUCCCUUGCUUAGCUAGCUGGUUGUAGCUACUGGAGUCAGAGCAGACAGCAGGGUAACAGUCUCAUAUCGUAUGAGGUGUAUAUAGGUAUUCCCUUGCCUGUCUUGCUUGUAGGGAAGGCUGAGGCGAAAGCAUGGAGCAUUAGGCCCAUAUAAAAUAUAGCUUGAUAUUUCAUUCAUAACCCAUAGACUUAGGCCUACUAUUUACUUGCUUCAAGUUGUUUUAGAAUGUGGAUAUAAAUUAUUGAUGGAGGGUGAAGGGAUAUUUUUCUGUUUCUGCAAAGGCAACAUACUGAUAACAAGUAAUGUCUUGAUUCUGUGCAGAGAAAGAAACAAGAGGAAGACUAGCUUUAUAUGUUGAUGUGAAAAGCGCGUAGUAGUAGUUCUGUGGUAGUGAUAAUUUCAUGGAUAUCUACGGGUCUUAUCUGCUACUGUUGUGGCUUGACAAGAAACCAAGGGGAAACCAGCUUCCUAGUUCAUACACACUCGACACAUGCAGGCCGUCACCACAUUAAACAAACCCCCGGGCUCGCUGACACGCACUUGAGUGCCCAACUUUGCUUUCUUACACAAUACUGUGCAAGACUGACAGUGAGUAAUAUCAUGUCUACAGUUUUCUGCAAAUUUUCCAUAGUUACGCCCCAGCAACAGUAGCAGCGUCAACCCUGGGUGUUGAUAGGACGUUGAGUGCAUCUUCACCAUCUAACCUACUGCCAAGAGAAAUGGAUAGUAAUGGAGAGAAAGAAAUGAAGGACAUAUUGAAAGAGUGAUUUGAAGCUGUGGAGGCUAGUGUGUACGUGCAAUGGUACGUUGGUUAGGCUGUGGUUGCUAGAUGAAAGAGCUGUUGCUGGCUCUGGCAGUAUUGACAUUGCACAGCUGCCACAAGACUAACGCGUGCUGCUGAAGUGUGGCAGACACCAGAGUGUCAGCCCACCGUUCUGGGUAUUUGUAAUGAUCAGCAGCAGGGUUGGGGUCAAUUCCAUUCAAUUUAGACAGUAUGCUAAACGAACAUCUUCAUUCCAAAUUUUUCUAAUUGAAGAGAAUUGGAAUUUCAGUGUACUUCCUGAAUUGAAAUAGAAUUCACCCCAACUUCGAUGAGCAGACGUGCUUCACAAACUGCACCCCUGCUAGCUAGAGUACACCUACUGCUGCCAUUCACAGAAAUGUGGUGGUCUCUGUGGGAUUCAGUAGGCACAACAACAUGAGAGAACUAUUUGAAACAGAGGGACAACAACAACCUUGUGACAGAAGACCACUUGGUCUCUCUCUCUCUCGCUCUUGUUUUCUUUCUCUUCCCGUUCUGUGUGUGCUGGCCCCUUGGCUCAUAAUGGAGCUGUAAAGGGGACAUGUGUGUGUUGGGGUGCCCUAAAGCUGGGGGGUGGGGACGCCACACGCCACUGCUUAUAACUAUAAGUUAACUAUCUAAGAUGUGCCAAAUAAAUUAUCCAGCUCAGUUGGAGCAAGAGCUAGAGUUGGAGCAAGAGCUAGAGUUGGAGCAAGAGCUAGAGUUGGAGCAAGAGCUAGAGUUGGAGCAAGAGCUAGAGUUGGAGCAAGAGCUGGCCUAGAGUUGGAGCAAGAGCUGGCCUAGAGUUGGAGCAAGAGCUGGCCUAGAGUUGGAGCAAGAGCUGGCCUAGAGUGGGAGCAAGAGCUGGAGCUGGCCUAGAGUUGGAGCAAGAGCUGGCCUAGAGUUGGAGCAAGAGCUGGCCUAGAGUGGGAGCAAGAGCUGGAGCUGGCCUAGAGUUGGAGCAAGAUCUAGCCUAGUUGGAGCAAGAUCUAGCCUGUAAAAAGGAAUAACAAAGUUGAAGCUUGAAGUGAGUUUGUUUGCCAGUCACUAAGCCUGCCUGUGCUAGACAGGGACCGUGAGAGUGUUUGUUUGUGGGAGACUAAAACUAAAGUGUACGUGAGGCAGAGCGGAAGUCAGGAGCGUCAGCGCUCCACUCUUUGUGUGUGUAGGGGGAGGGGCAGACGCACGACAGCAGACUAGAGCUCAGCUGUUGAGCUGAGCGUGGCUGCUGCUAGUCUCUGGCUCUUUCAUCUGUCUGCUGGAGCGCUGACAGCAGUGGGAGAGCCUCCUCCUCUCUCUCCUCUCCCCUCCACUAAGCACAGCAGAGCACAGUAAAAGAGCAUGCUGCUAGAGCAGAGCAGGCAGGGCUGUGUACACAUGCACACCAGGAGAGGGAUGGAGUUUGGAGACAGGGAUUAGGUUAGUAUGCUCGAUUGCUAGUCAUCCAACAUAUUAAAGUGGCAAUAAGCAGUUCAAACAAUAACAAAUCGUUCUCGGGAUGGGGUUUGGGAAAUGUAACCACUCUCAAAUUCAUAGACCGAGCUAUGGAUGCAACGACAGUCUUUGAUAUCAAAAGUAUAGUUUUGAGGCUAGACAGUGUUUGUUUACAUUUACUUUGUUUACAAAUAUUGGAGUAAAACGAGCUUACAUUUUGGGUUCUGGUGGAGUAUGACAUUGUAAGCUAGUGAGGCAUUUCUUGGGUACAUGGGUACAUAUCAUUAAGUCAAAAAAUGGAUGUAGCAACUGCUGAUUGCCCCUUUAAGACCUGAGCUAUACACUUACAGCUUGGAAAAUUCCAGAAAAUGAUGUCAUGGCAUUAGAAGCUUUUGAUAGGCUAAUUGACAUAAUUUGAGUCAUUUGGAAGUGUACCUGUGGAUUUAUUUCAAGGCCUACCUUCAAACUCAGUGCCUCUUUGCUUGACAUCAUGGGAAAAUCAAAAGAAAUCAGCCAAGACCUCCGAAAAAAAAUUGUAGACCUCUACAAGUCUGGUUCAUCCUUGGGAGCAGUUUUCAAACGCCUGAAGGUACCACGUUCAUCUGUACAAACAAUAGUACGCAAGUAUAAACACCAUGGGACCACGCAGCCGUCAUACCGCUGAGGAAGGAGACGCGUUCUGUCUGAAAAGUGCAAAUCAAUCCCAGAAUAACAGCAAAGGACCUUGUGAAGAUGCUGGAGGAAACCGGUACAAAAGUAUCUAUAUCCUCAGUAAAACAAGUACUAUAUCAACAUAACCUGAAAGGCCGCUCAGCAAGGAAGAAGCCAAUGCUCCAAAACCGCCAUAAAAAAAGACAGACUACGGUUUGCAACUGCACAUGGGGACAAAGAUCAUACUUUUUGGAGAAAUGUCCUCUGGUCUGAUGAAACAAAAUUAUAACUGUUUGGCCAUAAUGACCAUCAAUAUGUUUGGAGGAAAAAGGGGACAGCUUGCAAGCCGAAGAACACCAUUCCAAACGUGAAGCACGGGGGUGGCAGCAUCAUGCUGUGGGGGUGCUUUGCUGCAGCAAGGACUGGUGUACUUCACAAAAUAGAUGGCAUCAUGAGGAAGGAAAAUUAUGUGGAUAUAUUGAGGCAACAUCUCAAGACAUCAGUCAGGAAGUUAAAGCUUGAUCGCAAAUGGGUCUUCCAAAUGGACAAUGACCCCAAGCAUACUUCCAAAGUUGUGGCAAAAUGGCUUAAGGACAACAAAGUCAAGGUAUUGAAGUGGCCAUCACAAAGCCCUGACCUCAAUCCUAUAGAACAUUUGUGGGCAGAACUGAAAAAGCGUGUGUGUGCAAGGAGGCCUACAAACCUGACUCAGUUACACCAGCUCUGUCAGGAGGAAUGGGCCAAAAUUCACCCAACUUAUUGUGGGAAGCUUGUGGAAGGCUACCCGAAACGUUUGACCCAAGUUAAACAAUUUAAAGGCAAUGCUACCAAAUACUAAUUGAGUGUAUGUAAACUUCAGACCCAGUGGGAAUGUGAUGAAAUAAAUAAAAGCUGAAAUAAAUCAUUCUCGCCACUAUUGUUCUGACAUUUCACAUUCUUAAAAUAAAGUGGUGAUCCUAACUGACCUAAGACAGGGAAUUUUUACUAGGAUUAAAUGUCAGGAAUUGUGAAAAACUGAGUUUAAAAUGUAUUUGGCUAAGGUGUAUGUAAACUUCCGACUUCAACUGUAUGAUCCCUUAUUGAUGUCAGUUGUUAAAUCCACUUCAAUCAAUGUAGAUGAAGGGGAGGAUACGAGUUAGAGAAGGAUUUUUAAGCCUCGAGACAAUUGAGACAUGGAUUUUGUAUGUGUGCCAUGGUGACUUGAUUGAACUUGAUUGGAGUCCACCUGUGGUCAAUUCAAUUGAUUGGACAUGAUUUGGAAAGACACGCCUGUCUUAUUUAAGGUCCAACAGUUGACAGUGCAUGUCUGAGCAAAAACCAAGCCAUGAGGUCGAAGGAAUUGUCCGUAGAGCUCCUAGACAGGAUUGUGUCGAGGCACAGAUCUGGGAAAGGGUACCAAAAAAUGUCUGCAGCAUUGAAGGUCCCCAAGAACACAGUGGCUUCCAUCAUCCUUAAAUGGAAGAAGUUUGAAACCACCAAGACUCUUCCUAGAGCUGGCCGCCCGGCCAAACUGACCAAUCGGGUUAGAAGGACCUUGGUCAGGGAGGUGACAAUGAACCCGAUGGUCACUCUGACAGAGCUCUAGAGUUCCUCUGUGGAGAUUGGAGAACCUUCCAGAAGGACAACCAUCUCUGCGGCACUCCACCAAUCAGGCCUUAAUGGUAGAGUGGCCAGACGGAAGCCACUCCUCACUAAAAAGCACAUGACAGCCCGCUUGGAGUUUGCCAAAAGGCACCUAAAGGACUCUCGGACCAUGAGGAACAAGACUUUCUGGUUUGAUGAAACCAAGAUUGAACUCUUUGGCCUGAAUGCCAAGCGUCUCAUCUGGAGGAAACCUUGCACCAUCCCUACGGUGAAGCAUGGUGGUGGCAGCAUCAUGCUGUUGGGAUGUUUUUCAGCGGCAGGGACUGGGAGACUAGUCAGGAUUAAGGGAAAGAUUAAUGGAGCAAAGUACAGAGAUCCUUGAUGAAAACCUGCUCCAGAGCUCUCAGGACCUCAGACUGGGGCGAAGGUUCAAUUCCCAACAGGACAACGGCCCUAAGCACGCAGCCAAGACAAUGCAGCGGGUGGCUUUGGGACAAGUCUCUGAAUGUCCUUGAGUGGCCCAGCCAGAGCCCGGACUUGAACCCGAUCGAACAUCUCUGGAGAGACCUGAAAAUAGCUGUGCAGCGACGCUCCCCAUCCAACCUGACAGCGUUUGAGAGGAUCUGCAGAGAAGAAUGGUAGAAACUCCCCAAAUACAGGUGUGCCAAGCUUGUGUCAUACCCAAGAAGACUCAAGGCUGUAAUCGUUGCCAAAGGUACUUCAACAAAGUACUGAGUAAAGGGUCUGAAUACUUAUGUAAAUGUGAUAUUUACGUUUUCUAUUUUUAAAUAAAUUUGCAAAAAAAUCUACAAACCUGUUUUUGCUUUGUCAUUUUGGGGUAUUGUGUGCAGAUUGAGGGGGGGGAAACAAUUCAAUCCAUUUUAGAAUAAGGCUAUAAAGUAAUAUGUGGAAAAAAUGAAGUGGUCUGAAUACUUUCCAAAUGCACUGUAAGUGCCUUUGAACAGGGUAUGGCAGUAGGUGCCAGGCGCACCGGUUUGUGUCAAGAACUGCAACGCUGCUGGGGUUUUCACGCUCAAAAGUUUCCCGUGUGUAUCAACAAUGGUCCACCACCCAAAGGACAUCCAGCCAACUUGACUGAACUGUGGGAAGCAUUGGUGUCAACAUGGGCCAGCAUCCCUGUGGAACACUUUCGACAACUUGUAGAGUCCAUGCCCUGACAAAUUUAGGCUGUUCUGAGGGCAAAAGGGGGUGCAACUCAAUAUUAGGAAGGUGUUUCUAAUGUUUGGUAUACUCAGCGUAAUGUCAUAAUUGCACGGGGUAAUUAAACCGAUAAAUGACUGCACACCUACAUGGGUUAAACCUUAUUGGUCAUAUUGGAAGAUCAAAAUGAGUGUUUGUUUUAUUCUAAAGAGAUUGCAGGUGCCUGCAGCUGCACACUGUUCAGCACUAGUUAUUUUACUAUUCUCUCCAUGCCUGCAGCAGAUCUUGCACCACCUGUUGGCUCUGAAAUAUAGUGUAUUCUAUGUGUUGAGAAGCCAGUCAAGGAAGUUUAAUGAUGCUAGAUGGAUACAUAAAUGGACGGGAUUUGGCCACCACCCAUGGGUAAAUGUUUCUUUCAUAGCUCUGUUUCCUUAUUUGCCCGUUUUUGGGUUUGGCCGUUAUAAAGACAGGGGGACACGGACCUGUUGCAAUAAUAUCCAUGUCACAUUGCAUCUGACCGCUCUCCUAUUUUCAUCCGUUUCAAUGGGCUCCUCCACAAGAUCCUACAUGUACAAUCUUCUACAAGUAACUUGUAAGACAUAUAUUCAUAUCUAUACCUAGCCUGUGUUAGGUUUAGGUGCUCUCCUUUGUUUAAUAUUAGAUGUUGUUGUGGUUAAGAGAUGGCGUGAUUUGGGGAGGCCUUGUAACAGGGGCCACUUCCUCUUAUCUCAACCACGUAGAGACACGUCAACCGUCAGACCUGCCAUUGCACGUCACUCUCCCCUUCUAGACACUUCCCACGGAAUCAGUGCUCAAACACUAGGCUCUUUGGUAUUGUGUGCAGUGGGGAAACCUGUGGCUGUGCCUUUGCAAUAUUGGGGCCCCAAUUUCAUUUUAACCCAAUUAGUUAGUUUCACGGUUUUACAGUCCCAAAUCAUACAUCGUCGUGAUCCUUCUUGACUCGUUUUGAAACUCAUGAGCAGAGACCGGUUCACCUCAGUGAUUGUCCUAAUCCCCUGUCCUCUUUCUCUCUCUUUCUUUCUCUUUCUCUUUCUCUGUAGAUGGGUAUGGCUGGCAGUCCGUUUGGGCAGCAGUAUGGCCAGGGAGGGGUCCAGCAGCAGAUGGGGGUGAACACCCAGCAGCAGCUCCAGAACAAGGCGGCUCUUGCCAACAGCCUGCCCCCCUUCCCCAGCGACCUGAAGGGGGCCGGCAGCGUGCCAAACCUGGUAAGUUCCUCCAACUUCGUAGAAAAGGAGAAAUGCAAACCUGCGUUUAGAUUACAUGACAACCCAAACAAAGGGUUCUGGGAAAGGUCUGGUUCCAUUUGGAUCUCUUGCCUCUUCGUCUAGCCCCCUUAACCAGUUGGAAUCCAAUAUCUGUCUGGGGGACCACAAAAAGCAGCUCUCGGGCCUGAUGUGGUCCCCGUGCCUUGAGUUUCAGACUUGUUGUAACCCUGCCCCUAUCCUCUUGGUGUUAGCAGAUAUGAAAGGACUGACCAUACUAUGUGGAAGCUCCACUCAGUUUAUCGGAGGGUUAAGUGACACCAUCGUCAUAUUAAUGUGUACACUUACAGUACCCAUGUUUUUUUUUUAAAUGCUAUUUCUUGAACUGCAUUGUUGGUUAAGGGCUUGUAAGUAAGCAUUUCACGGUAAGGUCUACUACACCUGUUGUAUUCGGCGCAUGUGACAAAUUAAAAUUUGAUUUGACUUAUCCAGUCCUUUCAGAUCUGUGAACACUGAAGAGAUUAGAUCAUUUCCUAGUUAGAGGAGGGGUCUCUAAAACCCCUAUCAUUGACCCUUAGAUCCUACGUCCUAUUUACUCUGAGAGGAUUGGUUGAAGCAAUACAGUGAAAAUUACCCCUUGCCUAUCAGAGGACAAAGAUGUAUUACCAUAUCGCUAACACCUAUCAAAUCCUUUCAGAUCUAGUCUUACGUAGUGACACAACUAAACCGAAGUCUGCGAGUCCAUUCGUCUCUGCAUUGGCUUUGAAUAACGGUGCAGUUCCCACCGCCACGGUAUUGGAACAAUUAUUCCGACAUAUUUCUCUUCCCUCUCCAAAAAGCCAGGCCUGGAAUGCAGAAUGAGAGAGUGCCGGAAGGGGGAAACAUUUGUUAAAAGGCAGUCCACUCAGAAUAUUGUUGAGCAGUUAUCCUAGUUGUGCAGAGAGAGAAUGAGAAAAAGAGAGGGGUCUCUUUCAAGGCACUGAGUAAAUACUGCAUGCAAGUCUCUCUCCCAGGAACAGGAAAAGGGCCUAAUGAACUCAUUACAGAGGAAAUAGUUGAAAGCGUUUCUAUUUUGGUUAAAGGUUAAAGGAGUCUUAUGUGAAGUAGUUGGAUGUUUACUAGGCCUUUUUUUUGUGUGGCUUCUCUGCUUUUCUUUCUUUUUGAUUCAUUCGUUGGCCUCGUCCCAUUAUUCUCUGUCUGGGAAUUGUUCUUUCUCUGUUCUCCGCUCCCCCCCCCCCCACACCCACACCCACACCCACACUCUUUCUCACACAAAUGUUUUCCCUCUCUCUUUCUCCCUCAUCAAACCUCAGAUCCAGGAUCAAGCAAUCCAGUUCCAAUUCAAGCUGUUUCAAAUAAAUCCAGUCUACCUCACUUCCUUAUUUGGUGCGUUUCCCCUCCCAAGGCCCAGAUGCAGCAGCAGGUAUCCUCCAUGGUCCCCAGCGGCGGCGGGGUGGCUGCUGCGGCGGCAGGCCACACAGCCGACCCAGAGAAGCGCAAGCUCAUCCAGCAGCAGCUGGUCCUGCUGCUCCACGCCCACAAGUGCCAGCGGCGGGAGCAGGCCAAUGGGGAGGUGCGGGCCUGCGCCCUGCCACACUGCCGCACCAUGAAGAACGUCCUCAACCACAUGACACACUGCCAGGCCGGCAAGUCCUGCCAGGGUGAGUGUCUGGGGAAGGAGGUUGGGUGGUGUUGGAUGCUGGUUAAGGGUUGGUGGACUGAGCCUGUGUGAAUAUGAAUGAACACACACUCGUUAAUGUCCAACUGGAUGUCAUUUUUACUCCAUUUAAUGUAAGAGACAUGGAUAUCUCCUCCUGCCAUUUAGAAGGCUAUAGUUUGUUGAUUGACGUUGGUGAAGUCAACAGUUGGUUACCUUUCUCUGUUCUGCUGUCCCUAAAGCCACUCUCUCCUCCAUGGCUCUAUCUGAAUUAGUCUUUCUGCUAUUCCUUGCAUCCUAUCUGCUCGACUACUUCUCAACCGUAUUGGAGGAGAAGGUCUAAGGUCCCUGCCCUCUGACCUUCUCUGUGCGUUUUGAGGAGGAAGUGAAGAGAGAGGAUGUGCAGAAUUGAGGAUUUUGAAAGAAACAUUGUCUUCCAUUCCCUCCCUCCUGUUUGCCCCUGUGACUGACUGAAAGCCUGCUCCAGCCUAUAUUAAUAGUGAGGACACCAGCAGCUAUAAAUCCCAGGGCUUGUUUUAAAAGCCUGUCUGGGUGCUUAGGCCUAAUGUAAAUACUCAAGUGGCUUUAGUCUCCACACUGGGUCUGUCUGGGUGGCUACGGAGCUUUCCUCCCGACCCGCGUUGCUCUGGACAUUAAAGGGUCUCUCUAGGUCAAUGGCUUCUGACCUUUAACCCCAUGGUGCCAGUCAUAUUGGUAAUGUGUUUUAAUGACGACGAGGUCAAAUGAGGAUAUAUGAUGUUCUAGGUCUCAGCCGAUUUUUAAUUAGGUUGUGCUGUUUACGUGUUUUUAAAAUGGUUUAUAUUAGUGUUUGUUUAUUUAAAUGGCCUCUCGUUGUUUGGGUUUGCCGGUUCCGAUUUUGUAUUUGUUUGACAUUUUGUGGUGUAAUAUGUCACGUACCUACAAGCCAUGUGACUUAAUGAUAACUCAAAUACUUGAGGCUUUUCUUUAGUUAAUACAAACUCUGGUGCCGAGACUUAUUGAUGUUAGCAGGAGUAGAAUGACCUCUUUUAUACUCUUGAAGGGGUGAAUCCUAACUUCCACUUCAGUCAAUGCGUUGAUCAAAUCAAAUUUGCCACAUGCUGAAUACAACAGGUGUAGACCUUACAGUGAAAUGCUUACUUACAAGACCUUAACCAACAAUGCAGUAAAAAAAAAAAAAUACCAAAUAAUUAAAGAGCAGCAGUAAAAUAAAAUAACAGUAGGGAGGCUAUACACAGGGGGUACCGGUACAGAGUCAAUGUGCGGGGGCACCGGUUAGUCGAGGUAAUAUGUACAUGUGAGUAGAGUUAAAGUGACUGCAUAAAUAAUAAACAAGAGUAGCAGCAGCGUAAAAGAGGGGGUUGUGGUGGGGGGGGGUAAUGCAAAUAGUCCGGGCAGGAUGCUCUCGAUGGUGCAGCUGUAGAACUUUCUGAGGACCCAUGACAAAUCUUUUCAGUCUGCUGAGGGGGAAUAGGCUUUGUCGUGCCCUCUUCACAACUGUCUUGGUGUGUUUUGACCAUGAUAGUUUGUUGGUGAUGUGGACACCAAGGAACUUGAAGCUCUCAACUUGUUCCACUACAGCCCCGUCGAUGAGAAUGGGGCGUGCUCGGUCCUCUUCUUUUCCUGUAGUCCACAAUCAUCUCCUUUGUCUUGAUCACGUUGAGGGAGAGGUUGUUAUCCUGGCACCACACGGCCAGGUCUCUGACCACCUCCCUAUAGGCUGUCUCAUCGUUGUCGGUGAUCAGGCCUACCACUGUUUUGUCGUCGGCAACCUUAAUGAUGGUGUUGGAGUCGUGCCUGGCCAUGCAGUCAUGGGUGAACAGGGAGUACAGGAGGGGACUGAGCACGCACCCCUGAGGGGCCCCGUGUUGAGGAUCAGCGUGGCAGAUGUGUUGUUACCUACCCUUAUCACCUGGGGGCGGCUCGUCAGGAAGUCCAGGAUCCAGUUGCAGAAGGAGGUGUUUAGUCCCAGGGUCCUUAGCUUCGUGAUGAGCUUUGAGGGCACUAUGGUGUUGAACGCUGAGCUGUAGUCAAUGAAUAGCAUUCUCACGUAGGUGUUCCUCUUGUCCAGGUGGGAAAGGGCAGUGUGGAGUGCAAUAGAGAUUGCAUCAUCUGUGGAUCUGUUGGGGCGGUAUGCAAAUUUGAGUGGGUCUAGGUUUUCUGGGAUAAUGGUGUUGAUGUGAGCCAUGACCAGCCUUUCAAAGCACUUCAUGGCUACAGACGUGAGUGCUACGGGAGUAAAGGUGGUCGAGAGUAUUUUUUUCCUCUGGUUGCACAUUUAACAUGCUGGUUGAAAUGAGGUAGAACUGAUUUAAGUUUCCCUGCAUUAAAGUCCCCGGCCACUAGGAGCGCUGCCUCUGGAUGAGCGUUUUCCUGUUUACUUAUGGCCUUAUACAGCUCAUUGAGUGCAAUCUUAGUGCCAGCAUUGGUUUGUGGUGGUAAAUAGACAGCUACGAAAAAUAUAGAGAAACUCUCUUGGUAAAUAGUCUGAUCUACAGCUUAUCAUGAGAUACUCUACCUCAGGCGAGCAAAACCUCGAGACUUCCUUAGUAUUAGAUUUUGUUGUUUACAAAUAUACACAGACCGCCACCCCUUGUCUUACCGGAGUCAGCCGUUCUAUCCAGCCGAUGUAGCGUAUAUCCCGCCAGCUGUAUGUUGUCCAUGUCGUCGUUCAGCCACGACUCGGUGAAACAUAAGAUAUUACAGUUUUUAAUGUCCCGUUGGUAGGAUAUCCUUAGUCUUAUGUUGUCCAAUUUAUUUUCAAAUGAUUGAACAUUGGCUAAUAGGAUUGAUGGAAGAGGCGGUUUACUCGCUCGCCGUCGGAUCCUUACAAGGCACCCCGACCUACGUCCACGAUAUCUCCGUCUCUUUCUCAUGCGAAUGACGGGGAUUUGGGCCUUGUCUGGUGUCUGUAGAAUAUCCUUCGCGUCCGACUCGUUGAAGAAAAAUGUAGACUAAGUGACGAUUCGAUUUAAGUGGAAGUUAGGAUUUUUACCACCAUGUGUCUCUAAAGCCCCUAAUCAUCCUGUUAUUGGUGUCUUCCUCCUGAGCAAUCACACCAUUUACUUACAUUCCCUGGGUGUAAAUCAAAUCUAUUACAGCAAUUAUCUGACUGUGUGCACAGGGCCCGUUAGGCAACAGUCACCUUCGGCUCGGGAAUAGGCACGUCGUUUUAUGAUUUAUGUUUUUUCUUUGACUGUGAUUUACUGGGCAAAAGCAUAUUUUUAUGUGCUCAAGUGUUUUGGCCAGUUUUUAUGUUGUCAUAUAAGUGAUCAUCUUGUCAUAGCUACUGUAUGUGUUUUUCAAUGACUCGUUGCCUUCUGUCAUCCCUCUUCUGUCAUCCCUCUUCUGUCAUCCCUCUUUCUUUCAUCUUUGUCGCUCUUUUUCUAUCUUUCAUUCAAUCUCUCCUAUUUCCCUUCUGUCUUCCUCUCUUACCCCUCUAUCCCCCCACAGUGGCUCACUGUGCGUCGUCCAGACAGAUAAUCUCUCACUGGAAGAACUGCACGCGGCACGACUGUCCCGUCUGCCUGCCGCUGAAGAACGCCAGCGACAAAAGGAACCAGCAGCGUGAGUACCUGUUGUUUUUCCCCUAGGACCCUUUACUCCAUCGCAUGCGUGCGUGUGCGUGUGCGUGUGCGUGUGUGUGUGUGUGUGUGUGUGUGUGUGUGUGUGAGACGUUGGGUAUUGUGAAUAUCCUCCCAUACAGGUGAUUUUGCAUUAGCAUAGCCAUUCAAGUAGAUACAGUGCAUUCGGGAAGUAUUCAGAGCCCUUGUCUUUUUCUACAUUUUGUUACGUUAUGGAUUCAAUCGUUUUUUCCCUCAUCAAUCUACGUCCACACAAUACCCCAUAAUUUUUGUAAAUUUAUUACAAAUAAAAAAAACGGAAAUAUAACAUUUACAUAAGUAUUCAGACCCUUUUUUCUGUACUUUGUUGAAGCACCUUUGGCAGCGAUUUACAUCCUCGAGUCUUCUUGGGUAUGACACUACAAACUUAGCACACCUGUAUUUGUGGAGUUCCUCCCAUUCUUCUCUGCAGAUCCUCUCAAGUUCUGUCUGGUUGGAUGGGGAGCGUCGCUGCACAGCUAUUUUCAGGUAUCUCCAGAGAUGUUCGAUCGGGUUCAAGUCCGGGCUCUGGCUGGGCCACUCAAGGACAUUCAGAGACUUGUCCCGAAGCCACUCCUGCGUUGUCUUGGCUGUGUGCUUAGGGUCGUUGUCGUGUUGGAAGGGGAACCUUCGCCCCAGUCUGAGGUCCUGAGCGCUCUGGAGCAGGUUUUCAUCAAGAAUCUCCUGUACUCUGCUCCGUUCAUCUUUCCCUCAAUCCUGACUAGUCUCCCAGUCCCUGCCACUGAAAAACAUCCCCACAGCAUGAUGCUGCCACCACCAUACUUCAUCGUAGGGAUGGUGCAAGGUUUCCUCCAGAUGUGACGCUUGGUGUACAGGCUAAAGAGAUCAAUCUUGGUUUCAUCAGACCAGAGAAUCUUGUUUCUCAUGGUCUGAGAGUCCUUUAGGUGCCUUUUGGCAAACUCCAAGCGGGCUAUCAUGUGCCUUUUACUGAGGAGUGGCUUCCGUCUGGCCACUCUACCAUAAAGGCCUGAUUGGUGGAGUGCCUCAGAGAUGGUUGUCCUUCAGGAAAGGUUCUCCCAUCUCCACAGAGGAGCUCUGGAGCUCUGUCAGAGUGACCAUUGGGUUCUUGGUCACCUCCCUGACCAAGGCCCUUCUCCCCCGAUUGUCUCGGAGCUCUACGAAUAAUUCCUUCGACCUCAUGGCUUGGAUUUUGCUCUGACAUGCACUGUCAACUGUGGGACCUUAUAUAGACAGAUGUGUGCAUUUCCAAAUAAUGUCCAAUCAAUUGAAUUUACCACAGGUGGACUCCAAUCAAGUUGUAGAAACAUCUCAAGGAUGGUCAAUGGAAACAUGAUGCACUUGAGCUCAAUUUCGAGUCUCAUAGCAAAGAGUCUGAAUACUUAUGUAAAUAAGAUAUUUCUGUUUUUUUUAUUUUUAAUACAUUUGCAAAAAUAGUUUUAAUUUUUUUAAAAUAAUGCUGUAACGUAACAAAAUGUGGAAAAAGUGAAGGGGUCUGAAUACUUUCCGAAUGCACUGUAGAUUACUUUUGGUCAGAUAAACCGGUUGUUGUCGCCCCUCAGCACUGAGUUUUCAUUCAGAAAUCUGGCUCCUCAGCCACAUUACAUUUUAAUUGUAUUUCAGGUUAUUUACAUACUGUAGGCACAGAUACAAAAACAUUGACACAUUGAAUUUACAACAGUCAGAUGCAUUUUACACUAUAACACACUUUAGCUAUAAAUGGAAUGCGAUGUAAAGGUUUAUUUUAAUUUUUUACAAUGUAACUAAAUUGUCAACAGAGAAGCAUGCUGAGCUGAGAGGAUAGAACCCUAUAGUGAGUGAGUGAAAGGAUGUGUGGAGUGAAGUUGUUUUCAGUGGCGCCACCUGCAGGCCUUAUCCCUGGCUGCGCUCUGUGCUGGCUCGCUGGCUAUAAAGGAUUCCUGUAGAACCAUGGGCCUGUAAUCUGACACCCUGGGGGAGGGGCUCGGGAGCUUCUAACAGUGGGGGAGGGGCUCGGGGAGAUCAUGCUCUCUGAUUGGCCUGAAGAGCAGUGACAGAUUUAAAUCCCCCAAAGAGGCAACGUGCACACACACUUUGCCUGUCACAGUUCAACAUACAGUAAGGUAUAGAGCAGUAGUAGGAUCUUUGGGUGAAAACAGAUAAAUACAUUAUUUUAGAUCGUAAAAAAUAUGGAUAUAGGAUUUACAGAUUUGUUUGGUUUAACAACUCUUGAGUUUUAUAACUUCCAUGAGAAUCUUUCCAAUAAGUAAGUAGAUUGCUUUUCAUCAAACGUAACAUACGGCAGACCUUUUCUGGAAGGGCGUACUAAUGGUUUAUUGACAUAGGCCCAAGCCAAGUCCUAAAGGUAGUUCUGUUUUGUUGUCAAUGAGAAAAAUGGGGGAGGGACGGGAGUUAUGUGCAAUAGUGUGCAUAAUUACUCACAUCUCCUUCUCCUCUCCACUUUCUGUCUCUCCCCCCCCCCCCCCCCCCCCACUCUUCUCUUCCUCUCCCCACUCUUCUCUAAAAAAUGUCUCCACUCUCUCUCCAGCCAUGCUGGGUUCGCCCGGUGCUAGCCUGCAGAGUGCCAUCAGUGCCACGGUGGGCACGGGCCCUCCCGGCAGCUCCCCGGGUUCCUCCAUGAACAGUGGCAGUGCCAGCAGCGGGCACAUCGACCCCAGUUCCAUGCAGCGGGCCUACGCCGCCCUGGGCCUGCCCUACGGUAACCAGUCCGCUGCUCAGGGACAGGGAGGACAGAACACAGCCCAGGGAGGGCAGCAGCUACGCUCCAUCAAUGCACUAGGUCAGACUGUUGCUUGGUCUCAUUGGGUCUCUAGGCUAGAUUACUGUAAAGCACUUCAGGACAAUUGGAUAAGAGCAUCUUCUAAAUGACUAAAUCGUAAAUGUAAAAAUGGGUUGAUAGACGCAUAAGAUUGAUUCAACUGAAUAGAAUUUUGGGUUUGCAAAUAUGCACAGUUUGAAAUUCCAGAGGAUGACACAUGAAAUGGUUAAAUAAACAAUGAAUUGUUUGUUUGAUUGGUUGACUCGUUAAUUCAUUUUGGUGUAGUUCUCUGUAUAAGGGUCAGGUGUGAUGCGUCAAAGGGGUAUAGUGAGGGUAUUGGUCACUGUUUUGGUUGUAAUGCUGACUCUGGUUGGCUGUGUUUUCUCCCAGGCACUAACAUGAACAUGGCCGGAGGAGGGAUGGGCGUGCCCUCGGAGACCGGCAUGCACUCAGACUCCUCGCUCCCCUCGUCGCUCAACAAGUGAGUCCACUAAAGUCCACUAACCCGUUUGGAUUGUCUCUCUGAAUUCUAUGCCCUAGUUAACUCCAACUGGAUGGUACGAAGCUGGGCUCACCGCAGUGUACAGCAGCGCUCCAAAAGUAUUGGGAGAGGGAUUUUUUGUUUGUUUUGGCUCUGUACCCCAGCACUUUGGGUUUGAAAUGAUACAAUGACUGAGGUUAAAGUGCAGUCUCAGCUUUAAUUUGAGGGUUUUUUCGUCCAUAUCGGGUGAACCAUUUUAGAAAUUACAGCACUUUUUGUACAUAGUCCAAAAAUAUUGGGACAAAUUCACUUAUGUGUAUUAAAAUAGUCAAAAGUGUAUUAUUUGGUCCCAUAUUCCUAGCACGCAAUGAUUACAUCAAGCUAGCGACUCAACAAACUAGUUGGAUGCAUUUGCUGUUUGUUUUGGUUGUGUUUCAGAUUAUUUUGUGCCCAAUAGAAAUGAAAUGAAUGGUAAAUAAUGUAUUGUGUCAUUUUGGAGUCUCUUUGAUUAGAAACAUAUUCUAUUCUUAUUUACAAAGACUUCUACAUUAAUGUGGAUGCUACUAUGAUUACAGAUAGUUCUGAAUGAAUCGUGAAUGAUGAUUGAGAAAGUUAGACGCACAAAUAUCAUGCCCCCAAGACAUGCUAACCUCUCACCAUUACAAUAACGGGAGGUUAGCAUUUUUGUGGGGGUAUGAUAUUUGUCCAUCUAACUUUCUCACUAACAGAGCUUGAGAGGAUCUGCAGAGAAGAACGGGAGAAACUCUCCAAAUACAGGUGUGCCAUGCUUGUAGUGUCAUACCCAAGAAGACUCAAGAAGACUAGCUCAAUUGGUAGAGCAUGGCGCUUGUAACGCCAGGGUAGUGGGUUCGAUCCCCGGGACCACCAUACGUAAAAAUGCUUAAUGGCAUAUUAUUAUUAUUACUGAGUAAAGAGUCUGAAUACUUAUGUAAUUGUGAUAUUUCUGUUUUUAUUUUUUAUACAUUUUCCAAAAUUUCCAAAAAAACUUUUUUUGCUUUGUCAUUAUGGGGUAUUGUGUGUAGAUUGAUGAGGGGGGAAAAAACUGUUUAAUCAAUUUUAGAAUAAGGCUGCAACGUAACAAAAUGUGGAAAAAGUGAAGGGGUCUGAAUACUUUCUGAAUGCACUGUAUGGAAAAAGUGCUGUAAUUUCUAAGCGGUUCAUAUGAUAUGGAUGGAAAUACCCUCAUAUUAAAGCUAACAGUCUGCACUUUACCCUCAUAGUCAUUGUAUAAUUUCAAAUCCAAAGUGCUGGAGUACAGAGCCAAAACAACAAUGUGUCACUGUCCCAAUACUUUUGGAGCUCAAUUUAAAUAGUAACUUUCAUGAAGAAAGAAAACAUUCUGCAAAAAAACAAGGUUUUAGGCUUAGUUAUAGUGAAAAGUCAAUUCUGGUCUUCAUUUUGAUAGUUUGUUGCAAAAGUGUUAUUUUAGUAGUAAAUCUAGCUCUUUUUGCCCCUAUUGGUUUAACUCUACCAUUAUAAUCGUGAUGUAGAGAAGGUGCCUCUACGUCAUCUCAAGGGGAGGAGUUUGGUAUGAAAUACACUCCCUUCUAGUGCUGGGUGGUACCACCUCAAGGCUUACUAUAAAAGCAGGUGACAGUGCGCUUUAUUUGGCAAUGGUCUUGGUAAGUGGACUGUGCCAAUCAAUAUAUUUAGCAUGACGCUUCCUUGACUAGACCACUGAUGUUACACAUAAUUCAGAAGGCAGUAAAGCACAUUUCCGCAUAUGACCAAAUGAAAUGGUUUUGUUUACCGUUUCAUACAAAUCUACAUGUUUACAAAGAAAAACAAACAUGUAGUCUGAGGGUUAUACGUUUAUAUUCGUAGCUACAUCCAUCGUAAUAAGAAAUGGAUGACAAUCGUGGUCAUGUCAACUCGUUGUAUUCUUUCCCUAUGACUGAUUGGUGCCGCAGUGUGCUAAAACAGUUGGCUCAUAGUUCAAUGGAUGUUAGUUCUAAUCCUACAUGUGGCAGAUAUCAAAUUAAAUAAUCCUUUAUUUAUAAUAUUCAUCCCGUGCCCACACACUUCUAAUUUUGAAAAGUGAAAGCAUACCUGUGAGAGGGGUCGCCCUGGUAGUAGUUGUAGGUUUUUAUACAGUACCCAAGACCAAUCUGUGAGUUAAUUUGAUAAUUGGAAAAAGAGCUACUGCAUAAAUACUGCAGUGCGGGUUGGAUUGAAUUGAGCCCCAUAUCUUAAUUUUCAAGGUGGUGAUUGCACUUUUUUUUCUCCCAACACAGUACCGCAAUAAAUGUGAGUCCACAUUUGAAAUAUUUUUUUACGCCCCAUGGGGGAUUCAAACUUACUCCACAAGUGACAAUAGGUGUCAGGAACUCGCCACCUUACCACUGAGUUAACAGUCCAUAUUGGCUCGCAAUGCACACAAUGUUAUUAUCAGAGCAUGCCAGUGGAUUUUCUGGUAAGUAUUCUUUAGUGAGAAAGUGUCGGGAUCAGGUACCACUAUGUUUACCCACCCCCAAAAUGAAAAUGUAUGAGCAAUUUCCCCCACCCACCAUUUCUCACCUGAAUGCAUUUUUUGAAUAUAUGAAGGGGUUGGGCAAAGGCUGAAAUUGGGGUUACAUCCCUGAUAGCUACAAUGCCACUGUUUCUACUUAGUUACCUGACACACAGCAUUACACAAGUUAUUCUCUCAUAGUUACCUUGGUGUUACGCUUAUGUUAACAUGUUUCCUUAGUGAUCUUGCUCUCCUCUCUUUCUCUCCGUUCUCCAGUCAGUUGAUGCCAGACGGGUUGGGCAUGGGGGGCAUGGGCAACCUGCCUGGCGCCAACCCUCUCUCCGCCUCGGGGGUGAGGAAGACGUGGCACGAGCACGUCACUCAGGACCUACGCACCCACCUGGUGCACAAACUGUAAGUACCACCAAGACGCUUGCAUUCCCUCCCUUCAAUGUUUUCUCUCCUCGAUGACCAUUAAUCUAUCAGGGUUAAAUAGGUGGGCAACCCACAUGGCUUUGCCACCAUAUGGCUAAGGGUAUAGGAGUUGGACCAUUUGGGAUUGGACCAUUGUGUACACUUACCUAGCCCGUUCAGGUCUGUGUUAUGAAAGGAAAUGCAAUUUUCAGAUUAUUGAGACACAUUGAGGUUGCCACUCUCUACUCCAACUCACUUUUUAAUUCUCCCUUUAUACUGUCCCUCUUUCCCUCCACCAUCCCUUCUUCUCCAUGUCCUCCUGCAGAGUACAAGCCAUAUUCCCCACCCCAGACCCCGCAGCACUGAAGGACCGGCGGAUGGAGAACCUGGUGGCGUACGCUAGGAAGGUGGAAGGGGAUAUGUACGAGUCUGCCAACAGCAGGGUAACUAACUCAAGGUGUAGGGGGACAUGUACCAGUCUGCAGGGUAAUGAACUCCAGUGGAGGCUGCUGAGGGGAGGACGGCUCAUAAUAAUGGCUGGAACAGAGUAAAUGGAAUGGCAUCAAACACAUGGAAAACGUGUUUGAUGUAUUUGAUACAAUUCCACUUAUUCCGCUCCAGCCAUUACCACGAGCACGUCCUCCCCAAUUAAGGUGCCACCAACCUCCUGUGAUGAACUCACUACUCCCAACUGCUUGAAAAGCCAACAUAGACUGCAUCCCAAUCUCCACACUUCUCCCGUAGUGUGCACUUUAAGUAGCUGAUAUAACAUGCAAUAAAGUAAACAAAAUAUACAGUGAGGGAAAAAAGUAUUUGAUCCCCUGCUGAUUUUGUACGUUUGCCCACUGACAAAGAAAUUAUCAGUCUAUAAUUUUAAUGGUAGGUUUAUUUCAACAGUGAGAGACAGAAUAACAAAAAAAUCCAGAGAAACGCUUGUCAAAAAUGUUAUAAAUUGAUUUGCAUUUUAAUGAGGGAAAUAAGUAUUUGACCCCCUCUCAAUCAGAAAGAUUUCUGGCUCUCAGGUGUCUUUUAUACAGGUAACGAGCUGAGAUUAGGAGCGCACUCUUAAAGGGAGUGCUCCUAAUCUCAGCUUGUUACCUGUAUAAAAGACACCUGUCCACAGAAGCAAUCAAUCAAUCAGAUUCCAAACUCUCCACCAUGGCCAAGACCAAAGAGCUCUCCAAGGAUGUCAGGGACAAGAUUGUAGACCUACACAAGGCUGGAAUGGGCUACAAGACCAUCGCCAAGCAGCUUGGUGAGAAGGUGACAACAGUUGGUGCGAUUAUUCGCAAAUGGAAGAAACACAAAAUAACUGUCAAUCUCCCUCGGCCUGGGGCUCCAUGCAAGAUCUCACCUCGUGGAGUUGCAAUGAUCAUGAGAACGGUGAGGAAUCAGCCCAGAACUACACGGGAGGAUCUUGUCAAUGAUCUCAAGGCAGCUGGGACCAUAGUCACCAAGAAAACAAUUGGUAACACACUACGGCGUGAAGGACUGAAAUCCUGCAGCGCCCGCAAGGUCCCCCUGCUCAAGAAAGCACAUAUACAUUCCUGUCAGAAGUUUGCCAAUGAACAUCUGAAUGAUUCAGAGGAGAACUGGGUGAAAGUGUUGUGGUCGGAUGAGACCAAAAUGGAGCUCUUUGGCAUCAACUCAACUCGCCGUGUUUGGAGGAGGAGGAAUGCUGCCUAUGACCCCAAGAACACCAUCCCCACCAUCAAACAUGGAGGUGGAAACAUUUAUGCUUUGGGUGUGUUUUUCUGCUAAGGGGACAGGACAACUUCACCGCAUCAAAGGGAUGAUGGACGGGACCCAUGUACCGUCAAAUCUUGGGUGAGAACCUCCUUCCCUCAGCCAGGGCAUUGAAAAUGGGUCGUGGAUGGGUAUUCCAGCAUGACAAUGACCCAAAAUGCACGGCCAAGGCAACAAAGGAGUGGCUCAAGAAGAAGCACAUUAAGGUCCUGGAGUGGCCUAGCCAGUCUCCAGACCUUAAUCCCAUAGAAAAUCUGUGGAGGGAGCUGAAGGUUCAAGUUGCCAAACGUCAGCCUCGAAACCUUAAUGACUUGGAGAAGAUCUGCAAAGAGGAGUGGAACAAAAUCCCUCCUGAGAUGUGUGCAAACCUGGUGGCCAACUACAAGAAACGUCUGACCUCUGUGAUUGCCAACAAGGGUUUUGCCACCAAGUACUAAGUCAUGUUUUGCAGGGGUCAAAUACUUAUUUCCCUCAUUAAAAUGCAAAUCAAUUUAUAAAAAAUUUGUACAUGCGUUUUUCUGGAUUUUGUUGUUGUUAUUCUGUCUCUCACUGUUGAAAUUAACCUACCAUUAAAAUUAUAGACUGAUCAUGUCUUUGUCAGUGGGCAAACGUACAAAAUCAGCUGGGGAUCAAAUACUUUUUUCCCUCACUGUACACUGAACAAAAAUAUAUAAAUGCAACAUGCAACAAUUUCAACAAUUUUACUGAGUUACAGUUCAUAUAAGGAAAUCAGUUAAUUGAAAUAAAUUCAUUAGGCCCUAAUCUAUGGAUUUCAUGUGACUGGGCAGGGGUGCAGCCAUGGGAGCCAGGCCCACCUACUGGGGAGCCAGGCACAGCCAAUCAGAAUGAGUUUUUCCCCACAAAAGGGCUUUAUUACAGACAGAAAUAUUAUUAUAGACAGAAAUACUCCUCAGUUUCAUCAGCUGUCCGGUUGGCUGGUCUCAGACAGUCCCGCAGGUGACGAAGCCGGAUGUGGAGGUCCUGGGCUGGCGUGGUUACACGUGGUCUGCGGUUGUGAGAACAGUUGGACGUACUGUCAAAUUCUCUAAAACGACGGUGGAGGCGGUUUAUGGUAGAGAAAUGAACAUUAAAUUCUCUGACAACAGCUCUGGUGGACAUUCCUGCAGUCAGCAUGCCAAUUGCACGAUCCCUCAAAUCUUCAGACAUCUGUGGCAUUGUGUUGUGUGACAAAACUGCACAUUUUAGUGGCCUUCUAUUGUCCACAGCACAAGGUCCACCUGUGUAAUGAUCAUGCUGUUUAAUCAGCUUCUUGAUAUGCCACACCUGUCAAGUGGAUGGAUUAUCUUGGCAAAGGAGAAAUGCUCACUAACAGGGAUGUAAACAUAUUUGUGCACAACAUUUGAGAAAAAUAAGCUUUUUGUGCAUAUAGAACAUUUCUGGGAUAUUUUAUUUCAGCUCAUGAAACAUGGGACCAAAACUUUACAUGUUGCGUUUUAUAUUUUUGUUAAGUAUAUGUUAUUUCUAAUCUCAUGUUGUCAAUUCCUGCAGGACGAGUAUUACCACUUCCUGGCGGAGAAGAUCUAUAAGAUCCAGAAGGAGUUGGAGGAGAAGAGGCGCUCGCGGCUCCAGAAGCAGCCUGGCCCCAUGGCAGGGGGGGGGACGGGGGCCCAGCAGCAGCCAGGCAUGGCCCCUCAGCCCAACUCCAUGGGUCCCAGCCAGUCCCCACGGCCAGCCAGUGAGUACCCUCCUCCCAGGACCUAUGGAGACCCCUAUAUUGAAGGAGGGAGCAACAUAAUCACUUAUGUUUAUUAUCAUCUUAUUACCAUGUAUGGGGCAAACCCUUCAUUUUUUUCAUUUAGUCAUGCAUUGAUGUCAAUGGGAGACUAAGUGGAAAUUUGACUUAAGUGAAAGUUAGCAUUUGGCCCUAUAACAGGAUAAUGAUAUGUUUGUUUAAAGUAGGUGUUUGAGGCGGUAGUUAGCUAAUUUGGAUGCUUUGGUAUAUGACAUGUUGACCACAUCUCAUCCCUCUCGUCGUCCUCUCUUUCAGAUGGAUCUGUGCCUAUGCCCAACGUGCCAAAUCAGAUCAUGCCCCGCAUGCAGGUGUCUCAAGGUACCAGGCCUUCUCCUGCACUUCAACAUUUGUUUCUCAUCCUCCUUUCAUCCAGACACAGUCAACUGCACACUGACUGUCAGCCCCCCUGGUGGCCAGUUGCUUUAGAUACUAUAAUCACACGCAAAUAGUUUAAAUGGUUUAUUCAGCAACUGUUUCUCCAUAAAUGUUUAUUUAGAUCAUUACAGCCAGUGUUUCCCCUGUAUUCAUUUAAAAAGCUAAAGGAAUGAAACCAAUAUAAUAAACAAUUAAUUUUGAAGUACUUUUGGGAUUGCUGAAUUACCGACCGUGCUCACGUGGCACAUGCCCAGGGGCCCCGAUUUUUGCAUAAGAACACAGAAUUAGCCAUAGCAAAAUUCAGUAGAAUUGCGGGAAAUUUGCACUGCAACAUUUUCUGUCAGCUCCAUGACAGAAUGUGUAGAUUAGCUGAAAAAUUGCUUAACAUUUCUUUCAAAACUUUAUUGGCUCCAUGGGGGAAAGAAAUAGCCCCUUUUUGAUCCAGCUAAUAAAACAUCUGCCUGAUAAUACGAUAUGGUGCCAUGUAUAGGCUAUGGUAAAAGAGUCAGCCCUAAAAGUAUUUUUUACCAAUAUGCUAUUGGGCUCAUUUCUGGGGGGAUUAUAGAUAGAUAGAUCAUUUUGGAGUAUAAUGUAUUUUUAAAGUCCCCGUAAAUGACCUCAGUCAUUCUACCCCCAAAAAAUAUCCUGGGGGGGCAUACCCUGUGACCUCCCGCCACCACGCCGCAAAAAUAUAUAUAGGGGAAACACUGACAGCAAAUGAACAAGUUUGUGAAAAGUUAUGACUUAGCUCCAAACUGACUCAGUGACUCCUUCACCUGCUCAUCAGAGCAUAGGGUAAUGAAUUACAACAUCUCAGUAUUGUAGACACCACUAGUCCUGUGUGUGCUGAUUGUGUGUGUGUGUGUGCACCCUAUGUUUGUGUGCGUGUCUCCUCUCCCGCAUAGGAAUCAAUCAGUUCAACCCCAUGGCGAUGCAGAACGUGCAGAUGUCCCAGGCGCCCAUGGGGGCCCGCGCCGCCUCGCCCAUGAACCACUCGCAGCAGAUGAACAUGAGCUCUGUCCCAGCGGUGAGACUUCCAUGUUCCCUCUAUGCCCCUGUUAACUCUUUCCUUCUGUAUCUCCUUCCCUCCCUUUCUUCUCUCCUCUUCUCUCCUCCUCUCACUCCCUCUCCCUGUCUCUCCAUUUCUCUCUCUCCCCGUCUUCCUCUCCCCGUCUCUCCAUCGCUCUCUCUCCCCGUCUUCCUCUCCCCUUCUCACUCUCUUUGUCUCGGUCUCUCCAUUAGAAGACAACAACCGUUUUACCUCCCGUCCUUCUCCACUACAGUGUCUAUGGAAAGUCUACACCUUGAACUUUUUAAACAUUUUUGCUGCCUUAAAAUUAAAUCUAAAAAGGGAUUAAAUUCGAUUUUUUCCCUACAGAUCUACACAACCUACUCCACAUUUUCAAAGUGAAAGAAACUUUACAACUCGCUGAAAAAUAAAACUCUCCCAUGGUUAGGUUUUAAGAAAACUGAGGCGAGUUUUCCUCUUAACUUUUUACCUGGCCUUUGCGCCUUUCAUAUUUAUUUUGAUCCAGACAAACUCCCCAUUCCCUGCCGUUGACAAGCAUACCCAUAACAUGAUGCUGCAACCACAAUACUUCAAAAUGGAGAGGGUUUCACUCUGUUGUAUUGGAUUUGACCCAACCCUGUAGUUUUUAAUUUAGGCCAAAAGGUUUAUUUAUUUGCUGUGUUGUCUUUCAAUAUUAUUUAACAGCAUUGUUUGAUUUGGAUGAUUUGGAGUGGAUUUUUUAACACAGGCUUCUUUUCACUUUGUCAUACAGGCCAGUAAUAUGGAGUGAAUCCAAUGUUGUUGUUUUUUUGGGGGGGGGGGGGGGGGGGGGGGGGGGGGGGUAGAUCAGCUUAAUAUUGCAGAUAGAUUGUAACUUCCAUCAAUGUAAUUGUCUGCAUCACUUCCAAUCCCCCAUGUUUUUUAUUUAUAUAUAUAUACAGUGGGGAGAACAAGUAUUUGAUACACUGCCGAUUUUGCAGGUUUUCCUACUUACAAAGCAUGUAGAGGUCUGUCAUUUUUAUCAUAGGUACACUUCAACUGUGAGAGACGGAUCUAAAACAAAAAUCCAGAAAAUCACAUUGUAUGAUUUUUAAGUAAUUCAUUUGCAUUUUAUUGCAUGACAUAAGUAUUUGAUCACCUACCAACCAGUAAGAAUUCUGGCUCUCACAGACCUGUUAGUUUUUCUUUAAGAAGCCCUCCUGUUCUCCACUCAUUACCUGUAUUAACUGCACCUAUUUGAACUCGUUACCUGUAUAAAAGACACCUGUCCACACACUCAAUCAAACAGACUCCAACCUCUCCACAAUGGCCAAGACCAAAGAGCUGUGUAAGGACAUCAGGGAUAAAAUUGUAGACCUGCACAAGGCUUGGAUGGGCUACAGGACAAUAGGCAAGCAGCUUGGUGAGAAGGCAACAACUGUUGGUGCAAUUAUUAGAAAAUGGAAGAAGUUCAAGAUGACGGUCAAUCACCCUCUGUCUGGGGCUCCAUGCAAGAUCUCACCUCGUGGGGCAUCAAUGAUCAUGAGGAAGGUGAGGGAUCAGCCCAGAACUACACGCAGGACCUGGUCAAUGACCUGAAGAGAGCUGGGACCACAGUCUCAAAGAAAACCAUUACUAACACACUACGCCGUCAUGGAUUAAAAUCCUGCAGCGCACGCAAGUUCCCCUGCUCAAGCCAGUGCAUGUCCCGGCCCGUCUGAAGUUUGCCAAUGACCAUCUGGAUGAUCCAGAGGAGGAAUGGGAGAAGGUCAUGUGGUCUGAUGAGACAAAAAUAGAGCUUUUUGGUCUAAACUCCACUCGCGGUGUUUGGAGGAAGAAGAAGGAUGAGUACAACCCCAAGAACACCAUCCCAACCGUGAAGCAUGGAGGUGGAAACAUCAUUCUUUGGGGAUGCUUUUCUGCAAAGGGGACAGGACGACUGCACCGUAUUGAGGGGAGGAUGGAUGGGGCCAUGUAUCGCGAGAUCUUGGCCAACAACCUCCUUCCCUCAGUAAGAGCAUUGAAGAUGGGUCGUGGCUGGGUCAUCCAGCAUGACAACGACCCGAAACACACAGCCAGGGCAACUAAGGAGUGGCUCCGUAAGAAGCAUCUCAAGGUCCUGGAGUGGCCUUGCCAGUCUCCAGACCUGAACCCAAUAGAAAAUCUUUGGAGGGAGCUGAAAGUCCGUAUUGCCCAGCGACAGCCCCGACACCUGAAGGAUCUGGAGAAGGUCUGUAUGGAGGAGUGGGCCAAAAUCCCUGCUGCAGUGUGUGCAAACCUGGUCAAGACCUACAGGAAACGUAUGAUCUCUGUAAUUGCAGAGAUAGAUUCUGUACCAAAUAUUAAGUUCUGUUUUUCUGAUGUAUCAAAUACUUAUGUCAUGCAAUAAAAUGCAAAUUAAUUACUUAAAAAUCAUACAAUGUGAUUUUCUGGAUUUUUGAUUUUUUAGAUUCCGUCUCUCACAGUUGAAGUGUACUGAUGAUAAAAAUGACAGACCUCUACAUGCUUUGUAAGUAGGAAAACCUGCAAAAUCGGCAGUGUAUCAAGUACUUGUUCUCCCCACUGUAUAUAUACACACACACACAUACAUGCAUACAUACAUACAUACACAUACAUAUCCUUAAAAAAAAUAUAUAUUCCCCUUUAUUACUUUCCCUACUUGGAGUAAACUAGUGAACAACACUGGGGAGUUUGUUAGGAUCAAAAUAAAUAUGAAAGGCACAAAGACCAGUUAAAAAGUUAGAACUCAUAUCAGUCUUCUGAAAACCUAACCCAGAGUAUAGGGUUGUCCCUGGGAUAGGGACAAUUACACACGUUUAUGCAAAAGACCCACCAAAAUGGCUUUCCAAGAGUGUUCCUGAGUAGUGUAGUCUGUCCUGACUUGAUCUGAUUUAAAAAAAUCUGAGACAAGGUUUGAAUAUUGCUGUCCAUCAACGAUUCACAUAUGUUGUAGCUUAGACCCUACUUUACGUCAUCUGAGGUUUGUGUUGUGCCCACCAUCGGUUGAGACACAACAUGCUCUUGAAUACAAGGUGGGUGUCAUUUCAAUCAUAGAAAUAUAAUUCAUAGAAUGGACCUAUCCCUUCAGACCACAGCAAUUUAGCUGGUACACCAUUGAAAUUUAAAUUGUAUUGACAUUUUAACUUCUAAUUACUACCACAAAAAUUGCGGCCAGUCCACCCACCGUCGAAUGUCGACUUAAAUUGUUAUGUCUAUUCUAUUAUCUAUUUUUCUAUGAUUUCAAUAGGUUUCCUAUGGAAGAUUGACAGUAUAAUGUAAACAACAUUCCCAUUCAAGUCAACGUUCUCUGAUGUGUGGACCUCCAACUGUCUUUGUGGUACCAUUUAAAAAGUUGAAAUUUCAAUUUUAUUCCCAUUUUAGUACAUUUAUCAGCCAAAACAUGACACCCACCCUGUAUUCAAGACCAUGUUGUGUUUCAACCGAUGGCGGGCACAACACAAAAAUCUCAGAUAAUGUAAAAUAGGGUCUAAGCUACAACGUGAAUAUGAAAAGAAAUCGGAGUUUAAGCGUUUUUAGGUAAUUGAAGUUUAAGGUUUCAGAAAAUAUAUUAUAAAAACCACUUUUUACAAAUAAAUUAUAAAAUAGUUUGAUAACCUUGUUUGUAAGCUUUUAAAUUAUAUCAAUCUCAACCGUUUAUCUUUUCCAGUGAUGAAGACAUGGAUGUCUCAUGGUGUGGGUAUGCAAAAUAGGUGAACUUUGAGCAACUUUAUCUCUUGAAUGUUUUGGCAUUCAGGUCCAAAAUGUCACUUUUUGAGGACUUCUACAAUGGGCAAAUAUGUAUGGAAGGUUUCGUUCAAAUCAAAACGGGUGCUGUCAAAAAAUAAAUACAUUCAAAUAAAUGUAAACUGUAGACUCUUUGUUUCUACUGGGAAAGUGGUUGAGCAUUGUAUAUGUCUUAAAUGAGUUGGGUUGGAUUUUUACUGUUUAUGGUUUUGUACCUUUUAAUGUUCCUCUACUUCUGGUUGUUGAUGCCUCUCUGCCUUCUGGUUUUUAAUCAGCACACUGUUUAUUAGUUUAUUAUGCCCAGGCCUUUCAUAAGGACUAUUGUCUUGGUGGUGUGUGUGUGUUAUUGUAUCCCAUUCAGACCUGGAUUUAAAUACUUUUCUAAAUCUUUCAAAUACUUUGAGCAUUUGCUUAAGCCCGCCUGGAGUAACAGAUGGGUGGGGUUUGCACUUUUGUGACUAUUCUAUUGGUUCCAUUUCACCAAGUAACCUCAAUCAAGCACAGCCUAAGUAAAAAAUAAAUAAAAAAUAAACGUUUUCAUAUUAUUUGAAGUUCUGAUCUCAUUUAGAUGCAUAGUUUGUUAUUCUUGGCAAGGGCUCAAUGUAGAGAGAGAGGUUUCCUCCAUAUAACGUGUGUGUUCUUUUCUCCAUUCUCCAGAUGGGCAAGUCCCCGUCCAGGAUGCCCCAGGUGCAAGGCAUGAUGGGACAGCACGCCAACAGCAUGGUGGGACAGACAGCCAAUCAGAGCCAGUUCAUGCCCCAGAGCCAGUUCUCCCCCAACACCGCCCCUGGCGGGGGCAUGAAUAUGAACAACGUGGGCUCCCUCGGCCAGCCGCAAGCACAGGCAGCUGUCACUCAGGUGAGGAGGGAAAGACACACACACAGAUGGUGCUAGUGAUCUGUUGCAUUGAUCAUAUCUGCUGUUGGUUUGGUCAUAUUUGAAGAAGCUGAGUUGUAUGGGUUCAUGGUUGUCAAUAUAAGUGUAGUGUUAGAAUAUGUAUGUGUCUGAGUGGGUAGGUUUGUAACAGAGGUGCGUAUGUGUGUGAAUAUGUAAUAGUAGAUAGAACUCUAACUGUAACUUCUGUAUCCCCCCCCCCCAUCCAGCAGCAGAACUCUAACCUGUCCCUGGGCCCCCAGCCCCCCCUGCCCCGCGCCACCCCUCCGCCCAACGCCUCCGCUAACCUGCAGCAGCUCCAGCAUCCCCACUCCCACCCACCCCCCCAGGCUCAGCCUUCACCGUCCUCCACCCCCACCCACGUCCCCAGCGGCGGCCUCCCCGCCCGGCCCCCCUCGACCCUGGGCAUGCAGUCCCCUGCCGCCCCCUCCCAGCCGCUCACGCCCCUGCAGCAUCAGCAGCCGGGGACCCCCAGCCAGACGCAGCAGCACCCCAGCACGCCGGUAAAACACCUGCUUAGGAUCCACAACACUCUUAUAGGGACUUCUUCCUGACCUGGUGAACUGACGAGGAGAACUCAUGUUAUAUCCUUUCACUAGGGCCCAGAAUGUUUCCUGGUUAUAUCAUAUAGUCAGGAAAUACAUAGAUGCUCUUUUUAAAGCACACUUUGUUACUAUCAAAGCACCUCAGUGCUCUCAUGCAGCUUUUCCACAUUUUAAAAGGUAUAUUGAAGGAACAGCAUGCUUGGAGUGAUACUAAAGGUUUAUUAAGCGGGCAAUAUGGCGUUUAUUUCACAUGCCAGCUCUUAAUGAUUUGUUGUGCCAGUCAACAGUUAUAGCCAGCACCCAGCCUUUGCUUUGAAGGGAUGAUAUUAAACAUCUCUCAUUUUUCCCCUCUAGCUGUCCCAGACGCCAGCCAGUAUAGAUAACCGCAUGCCCACCCCAGGCUCGGUGGCAGAGGUCCACUCCCAACAGGCCCCGCCAGACAUGGCCCAAACGGAGCCCAAAGACGAGGAUGACGACGAGGACGACGACUGUGGCUCGGGGAAAAAGCAGCCCAGCGACUUCAAAAUGGAGGUGAGGACUUAAACUUGUAGUCCUAGAAUCAAUAUUGACUACAAGACUCUUGACCAACCAGAGCCUUCUAUUUAUAUGUACAGUAUGAAUGCACGUAUUCUUGAUUGAAAUGUUCAAAUUCACAUGAACUCAUCUUGUUUAUCUGGUACUGUGGCCUCCGUUGCCCUCCAUCUUUCAAAAUGUAGUGUCCUACAGAUUUGUUUAAGUGCACCCUCUAAAUGUAGCUGUGCCCCAUAGCAGGAUGAAGACACAAAAGACACCAAACCCUUCACGGUCAAGAAGGAGGAGCCAGACGGGGCGGAGCCUAAGCAGGAGCCAAAGGAGAUGAAGGAGGAGAAGAAGCCGGAGAUUAAGAAGGAACCCGAGGAGGAGGGCGGGGCCAACGGCUCGGCAGCGUCCACCUCCCCCACCCAGAACCGCAAAAAAAGUGAGGACCUGGUUUUGUGUAAAACUAGCCGGGGCCAGGAGUUUUUCCAAUUUUUUUCUGACUAGUAGUUUUUCCACAGCUGGUCCUAUCUUAUUGCAUCUCUGGCCUCAGUUAUGUUAGUCCUCACAUUUGCCCUGUUUAGUUUAGUUUAUUAGGAUCCCAAUUAGCUACUGCACAUGCAGCAGCUACUCUUCCUGGGGUCCACAUAAAACAUACAAAUACAUGACAAAGUACAGAACAGUAAUAGACAAGAACAACAGAAGAUAUUACAUUACAUUCAAAAUAAAAUAAAGAGUUAUAUAUUGGAAAGACGCCAAGAGACAACAAAAAUACUAUUUACACACUAUUCAUACAUAUUCUUAUAUACAGUUAAAUAGAUCUUUAGAAAGAGUAGAGGCGAUGUGAUACAAUAUGUUGUGUGUUUUUUAAAGCUAAACUUGCUUUUUGCCUGCGUAACCUCCACUAUGAGACUGCUCUAUGCAUAACUGAGCGGCGCAUUAAAUCUGUUUUUGGUUUGGGUACCGUGAAGAAACCCAUAGUGGUGUGACUGGUGUGGUAUGUAUGUCUGUUUUGAAGUGUAUGCAAUAGAUUAUACAAGUGGUUAGGCAUUUUCAACACACAAAUGUUUCUUAAAAAGACUAGAAGAGAAUUAGUACAUUUCUCCUCAACCCUCAACCAUGAAAGACUAUCAUGCAUGUUGUUGAUAUUUGUUCUGUGUGUGCUGCUCUGUUCUGAGCCAGCUGCAGCUUUGCUAGGUUUUUCUUUGCUGCACUUGACCAUAUUACAGGACAGUAAUCAAGAUGGGAUAAGAUCAGAGGCUGAACAACUAGUACAGUUGAUCUUUGUGUCAAAAACACAGAACAUCUUUUUAUAAGACAUGCCUCUCUCCCCAUCUUCACAACAACUUUGUCAAUAUGACUUGACCAUGAUAACGGACCCUGUGAAGACUCUGUAGCGUUCUGAACGUCACAGAUAGAACUAGAAUAAAUAGAGCUUUCAGGAUGCCCCGUUUCCACAUGACAGAUUAUAUUUUUGUUCUACAUGAUACAUUUCUAUGUUCUACAUGAUCGAUCUGAAUAGAGCCCUGACUGCUCUGUCCUCCCUGCAGUCUUUAAGCCAGAGGAGCUGCGCCAGGCCCUGAUGCCCACACUAGAGGCCCUCUACAGACAGGACCCAGAGUCCCUACCCUUCAGACAGCCUGUCGACCCCAUGCUGCUGGGCAUCCCCGUGAGUACAAACGCACGCGCACACUGCAUGUACACACACAUACACACAGUAUGUACACACACUGCAUGUACACACACACACACAGUAUGUACACACACUGCAUGUACACACACACACACACUGCAUGUAUACACACUUAGAUAGUCGUUCACCCUUAGAGUCUCUCUUGAUUGGCUAUGCCUAGUCAUGUAUUGAUAUGAAAACAAAUGACAAAUCUUUAAAAUGAUUGACUCGUUACUCAGUUCUAUACAGGAUCUCUCUCAUACAGGAUCUCUCUCAUAUCCAUGUCCAUAUCAUUCUGGUCAGUGAUACAAUGCAAAUUCGAAUGAUGCUGACGAUCAAUAUCAGUUAAGCUCUCUCUCAUAACCAGAUUUCAUUGAUUGUACUGAAGCUUGAUAGUGAAUGAUAAAGCACUCUCAUAACCAUGUCAGUCUUGUCAAGACACAAUGCAACGCUGAUUCCUGUGACUGUACUGUCAAUAUCACUUAGCUCUCUUCUAACCAUUCCCCUCCACCCCCCCAGGACUACUUUGACAUAGUGAAGAAACCUAUGGACCUGUCCACUAUAAAGCGUAAGCUGGACACAGGUCAGUACCAGGAACCCUGGCAGUACGUGGAAGACAUCUGGGUCAUGUUCAACAACGCCUGGAUCUACAACCGCAAGACGUCCCGCGUCUACAAGUACUGCUCCAAGCUGGCCGAGGUGUUUGAGCUGGAGAUAGACCCCGUCAUGGUCAGCCUGGGGUACUGCUGCGGCAGGAAGGUGAGACGGAAAGGGAGGGAAGGAGGAGGGAUGUUGGUGGAGGAAAGCGAAGGAGUAGAGCGGGAGGUUAGAUGUGUUUGAGCUGGAGAUAAACCCCGUCAUGGUCAGCCUGGGGUACUGCUGCGGCAGGAAGGUGAGGCUGAGGGAGUGGAGGAAGGAGGAAGGGAUGCUACAAGUUUUGUGAUCUGGAGAAACUCCGAUCUAACUGUAGGUUAUUGUUAGGGCUAGGAGAAACUCUCAGCUCUAUCGUUAGGCCCUGGAGAAACUCUCAGCUCUAACUGUAGGUUAUCGUUAGGGCCAGGAGAAACUCUCAGCUCUAACUAUCUGUAGGUUAUCGUUAGGGCCAGGAGAAACUCUCAGCUCUAACUGUAGGUUAUCGUUAGGGCCAGGAGAAACUCUCAGCUCUAACUAACUAUAGGUUAUCGUUAGGCCCUGGAGAAACUCUCAGCUCUAACUGUAGGUUAUCGUUAGGGCCAGGAUAAACUCUCAGCUCUAACUAUCUGUAGGUUAUCGUUAGGGCCAGGAGAAACUCUCAGCUCUAACUAUCUGUAGGUUAUCGUUAGGGCCAGGAGAAACUCUCAGCUCUAACUAACUAUAGGUUAUCGUUAGGGCCAGGAGAAACUCUCAGCUCUAACUAUCUGUAGGUUAUCGUUAGGGCCAGGAGAAACUCUCAGCUCUAACUAUCUGUAGGUUAUCGUUAGGGCCAGGAGAAACUCUCAGCUCUAACUAUCUGUAGGUUAUCGUUAGGGCCAGGAGAAACUCUCAGCUCUAACUAUCUGUAGGUUAUCGUUAGGGCCAGGAGAAACUCUCAGCUCUAACUAUCUGUAGGUUAUCGUUAGGGCCAGGAGAAACUCUCAGCUCUAACUAACUAUAGGUUAUCGUUAGGCCCUGGAGAAACUCUCAGCUCUAACUGUAGGUUAUCGUUAGGACCAGGAGUUGUUCCUGCCCACAUGAAAUAGGAAGAACUUGUGUCCCUUGAUAUGGGCCUGUUAGGCAGCUUUGGGCUGUAGACAUCCUCAAGGUGGGAAACCAUGUCACAUUGCUGCUGCUGACCUACUGUCUUUCAAGAGGACGUUCUUUCUACAGUGCCCUGCAAUUACACAACAACACAUCCCUAACUAACCCCUCCAGACAUGCAUAACCGUGCGCUGCUGUGUUUACGGUGUGACAGACAGCAACCUGUAUGACCCCAUGGCUAGAGGGUGUUUUUACUGGGUAACAUUAGCAUUGACCUACAGCGGUCCUUACAAAGAUUUGAACACUUGACUUGACAUGAUGAACGUUUUGACUCCCUGUGGCACUUGUGACACGGAGUGUGAUUCACAAAUGGCACCCUAUUCCCUAUGUAGUGCACUAUACCCAAUGGGCCCUGGUCAAAAGUAGUGCACUACAUAGGGAAUAGAGUGCCAUUUGGGACGCAUACCUGGGACUAUGCGUACCAGUGAAAGGAGAACUUUCAGAGGAACACUAGGGUUUAAUUUGGGGGGAAUCUGUCGACAGGUCUGACCGGCUGAAUGCUAAACAGUGUAGAAGUAGAAUGGACCUAACAAUGUCUCAACAACAGUGUCUCCACUAACCCUUUCUCUCUGUGCUCCUCCACAGUAUGAGUUCUCACCCCAGACCCUCUGCUGCUAUGGCAAGCAGCUGUGCACCAUCUCCAGAGACGGCACCUACUACAGCUACCAGAACAGGUAAGACCACACGCCGGGGGGGUACGGAGGUGAGUGGGGGGGGGGGGAAGAGAGAGAGGGGGGUAAGUAGGCAGGACUGGUUCUACUGAGAAGGAAAGGGGGAGAUGAGGAGAGAGAAGGGGACUAGGAUUGUGCUCUCACAGCAUAUUGUAAUGUUAGUUUAGGUACAUGAAAAACAAUGAAUAUUUAUGAUGAGAGUAUUCUAAGAUGGUAUUUCACCAGAGGGGUUUGGUACAUACUAUAUACUGGAAGUGUUACAUGGUGUUAAACGGAGUGUAGCCUACAUAGACAGGAUCUUAGGUUUCCCUGCAAGCCCGAUGUGCUGCAAUAUCAGCAGCACUGCUCCCCCUGCUGUUCACAAAUUGCUAAUGCACUUAACUAGCCCCAAAUAUUGCAUCCAUUCCGAUGCAUUGCAGUUGCAUGUAGUACAGUUAUUCUCAGCUCAGCGCAAUGAGGCUAGUUAGGGUUAACUACUUUAUCCCUUCUGGAAGCAAGUUGAUGCAUUUUACCCAAAUUUAAGAAGUAAUUUCAACAAAAAGUGUUCUUAUGAAAAGAUGACAAGGAGAGGUGUUCCAUAUGUCUGUGAUGUGUUCUGGAUGCUUCCCCCUCUCUCACCUACAUCACCAGAGCUGGCAUUCACUCUAACAGUCUCUCCCAACAGACAUCAUUAUCAUAUCAUAUGCCUGCGUGUUACUAAAGCUUUAUGUGGAGAAGUAGUGGAACUUUGUAGUUCAGCGAAGUCGUAAUACUUAGUAGUAUGGCUAUUAAAAUGUACUAAUGAAUUACUUUGCUCAUAUAAAUAUUAAUGUUAUUACUGUCAACAUAGUUAGCAUUCCUGUGUUAUUUCAUUAUGCUUGUGUGUGAAUGACUGUCAUGACCGUUCCCAUGGUGACUAACGUUUUCUACCUUCACUCUGCUUGUCUCUGUCCUCUUGUCUCUGUCCGCUGCCUGUGUUAUGCUGUGCCAUUCUACCAUCCAUCCUGCCACCCGUGUGCUGGUUUGCCAACUUUCCCUGUGCUUCUGCCAUUGUGUGUGCCCGCUCCAGCUCACCCAAAUAUGGCCUUGUUGCCGACAGGUAUCACUUCUGUGAGAAGUGCUUCAACGAGAUCCAGGGCAACAGCGUCACCCUGGGAGACGACCCGGCACAGCCACAGACGUAAGUUUGUUGUGGAAUCUGUGGUAAAGUUUUUGUCAAUACAUUGAAAAAUACAGGGAAACAAUACUGGGUUUGAUUCGGAUUAGUUGCGUAGGUGUUUUUGACGACAUUCUGGGGCGAAUCCUAACUUUCACUUAACUUGAAUUUUCACUUAGUCUCCCAUUGAUAUCAAUGCAUGACUAAAUGAAAAUUAUGUUAGUGGCAGUAACCGUCCUUAAGUCUCCACUGAUUCCAUCUUUCCCUAGUGGAUAUCCUUAGUCCAUAAUGACUAUAAAUACUGGUCCGGAAGUGGUAGACUAAGCUAAUUAUAGUCAAAUCUGUAUUGAUAUGAGUGGGCUGCAUGUUUAGAGUAUCAGAACUGAUUCUAUCUGGUCACCCGUUGUCUCUCCAUCCUCCAGUAUGAUCUCUAAAGACCAGUUUGAAAAAAAGAAGAACGACAUGUUGGAUCCAGAACCGUGAGUAUUUGUGUACCUGAACCUUAACGUCUCAACCUGUUUACGUUUGAUGGGCUUUUAGCCCUUUUCAUUCUGCUUUAAAGCUUCUAAAUCCGUUGGCUUUGAGACAUCAUGGUAUUGAGUAGACAGUACAGUAUGCAUCACAGUAUUGGAUUUAUUUGGACCAUUUAAAAACACAAGUCAGCCACACAAGUUGAUACACUGCAUUUCAAAUCAUUGAGGAUGAAAGUAUUGUCCUGAGAGGAGAAAUCUGUGCCAAACAAAGAAAUUAAAGUAAAUAACCAUUGAUGGUGAAUAGUGUAUGGGCCUUGUCUCUUGCACUUCUCCCUCGCGUUUUCUGUUCAAUCACAGAGCAUGAGAUGACCGCCCCAAGUACAUGGGCAACGGUGAAAAUUCUAAUUUAUAUUUUAUGUAACUGGCUGCAUUACUGUCAGUCACUGACAUUUACCGCUGUACAUUUUUAAAGGGGUGUAUAUCAAGGUUCGGGGUCAAUUCGAUUUCAAUUGCGAAUUUAAUGAAUUGAAGUCACUUCCUGAAUUGACCCAACUCUUGUACAUACAGUUAUCCAAUGUAUCAGUGUUUUGUCUCAUGCCCAUAUGUCAGUCAUCUGUUGCAUCUAUUGCCCACUCUGCAAAAUCUGUGCAACAAUAAAGUGUCUUCUUGGAGACUGAGGUGUUGGUGUCCCUUCUCUGACCAGCCUUCUCUCUCUCUUUCCUCACACAGGUUUGUUGAAUGUAAAGACUGUGGACGGAAGAUGCACCAGAUCUGUGUGCUGCAUUAUGAUGUCAUCUGGCCAUCGGGGUAAGCCUUGUUCCCUUUUCUCAUUUAUUAAUUUUUUUUAUUUUACCUUUAUUUAACUAGGCAAGUCAGUUAAGAACAAAUUCUUAUUUACAAUGACGGCCUACACCGGCCAAACCCGGACGACGCUGGGCCAAUUGUGCGCCGCCCUAUGGGACUCCCAAUCACGGCCGGUUGUGAUACAGCCUGGAAUCGAACCAGGGGGUCUGUAGUGACGCCUCAAGCACUGAGAUGUAGUGCCUUAGACCGCUGCGCCACUCGGGAGCUCAUGUACCCCUUAACAGACUAACACCCCUAUAUGUCUUCUGAUCAGUGUUGAUGAUAUGCUUCAACAAGCUAUUUGACAUUUCCACUUAUCUUUCCCUCAGCUUCAUUUGCGACAACUGUCUGAAGAAGUCCGGUAAGACGAGAAAGGAUAACAAGUUUGCAGCCAAAAGUAAGUUUGAGUGUGUGUUGAAUAAUUGUGGCGAUCUGAGUGGAUCCACCAUUGUAUGUGUGAUCAGAGUUAUUUCAGUAACUCGUGAUGAGGACGUGAGUUUUGAUAUGACCUGCAUCUGUAUAACCUGUAGGACAACUAAAGUAUUUGAUGGCAUCUGUCUCGCAGGGCUACAGACGACGAGGUUGGGAAUGUACAUCGAGGACCGGGUGAAUAAGUACUUGAAGAGGCAGAACCAUCCUGAGGCCGGGGAGGUGUUUGUUCGGGUGGUGGCCAGCUCCGACAAAAAUGUUGAGAUCAAACCUGGCAUGAAAUCUAGGUAAGGAAGGACUGCAGCUGGUACAACAGUGAAAUGGACCCUUAUCAAUACUUUAAAAUUGGUUUUAUUGGACAUGAGGUUGAGAGAUGAUUAUUAUAAUAAAGUUGUCUUCCAAGAGUUGCUCCAAUAUAUGUUUCUCAUCUUCAGUUUGCUCCUUUGUUCAUGCACCUUGGUUGGAAAGGGAUGGAGCGGUAGUGUUCUUGAUAGUGCUGAGGAGUUUCUGUGGCAGAAGGAGUCUACACCGUUAAUGAUGAGUGAUGUUCCAUGUGGUUGUGGAUGUGGUGAUUUCUCCCUUACUAGUAAAAGCACUAUAUAAAUCUGUUUAAUUCACAAAUUAAUUGAUUAGCUGUGUUUGUCUCCCCAGGUUCGUGGACUCGGGUGAAAUGCAGGAGACCUUCCCUUACAGAACCAAAGCACUUUUUGCGUUUGAGGAGAUUGACGGCGUGGACGUGUGUUUCUUCGGCAUGCACGUCCAGGAGUACGGCUCCGAGUGCGCCUUCCCCAACACCAGGUAAACACUUUAUAACCUAGUAAUAACACAACAUAAUACACUCCUUCCCCAACACCAGGUAAACACUUUAUAACCUAGUAAUAACACAACAUAAUACACUCCUUCCCCAACACCAGGUAAACACUUUAUAACCUAGGAAUAACACAACAUAAUACACUCCUUCCCCAACACCAGGUAAACACUUUAUAACCUAGUAAUAACACAACAUAAUACACUCCUUCCCCAACACCAGGUAAACACUUUAUAACCUAGUAAUAACACAACAUAAUACACUCCUUCCCCAACACCAGGUAAACACUUUAUAACCUAGUAAUAACACAACAUAAUACACUUCUUAAAAUACACUUAACAGUAAUACACUCCUUCCCCAACACCAGGUAACUUCAGAAUGAGGAGAAGGAGGAUGGUGAUAAUAUAUGUAGUAUUCUUUUAAAGAGUAGAGUAUAUACUGUUCUGAACAGUAGCCUACGUAAUUGAGUAUUGGAAGACUUAAGAGUGGAAGGCUUGCGAUUCUCUGCAAAGUGGACCAGCUUAGCUAUAGUUGCCAGUGUAACACACCUAGUUAACCAGGUUAGCUAUAGUUAUCAGUAGCUACAGUAUCUCACAAAAGUGAGUACACCCCUCACAUUUUUGUAAAUAUUUGAGUAUAUCUUUUCAUGUGACAACACUGAAGAAAUGACACUUUUCUACAAUGUAAAGUAGUGAGUGUACAGCUUGUAUAACUGUACAUUUGCUGUCCCCUCAAAAUAACUCAACACACAGCCAUUAAUGUCUAAACCGCUGGCAACAAAAGUGAGUACACCCCUAAGUGAAAAUGUCCAAAUUGGGCCCAAUUAGCCAUUUUCCCUCCCCGGUGUCAUGUGACUCGUUAGUGUUACAAGGUCUCAGGUGUGAAUGGGGAGCAGGUGUGUUAAAUUUGGUGUCAUCGCUCUCACACUCCCUCAUACUGGUCACUGGAAGUUCAACAUGGCACCUCAUGGCAAAGAACUCUCUGAGGAUCUGAAAAAAUGAAUUGUUGCUCUACAUAAAGAUGGCCUGGGCUAUAAGAAGAUUGCCAAGACCCUGAAACUGAGCUGCAGCACGGUGGCCAAGACCAUACAGCGGUUUAACAGGACAGGUUCCACUCAGAACAGGCGUCGCCAUGGUCGACCAAAGAAGUUGAGUGCACGUGCUCAGCGUCAUAUCCAGAGGUUGUCUUUGGGAAAUAGACGUAUGAGUGCUGCCAGCAUUGCUGCAGAGGUUGAAGGGGUGGGGGGGUCAGUCUGUCAGUGCUCAGACCAUACGCCGCACACUGCAUCAAAUUGGUCUGCAUGGCUGUCGUCCCAGAAGGAAGCCUCUUCUAAAGAUGAUGCACAAGAAAGCCCGCAAACAGUUUGCUGAAGACAAGCAGACUAAGGACAUGGAUUACUGGAACCAUGUCCUGUGGUCUGAUGAGACCAAGAUGAACUUCUUUGGUUCAGAUAGUGUCAAGCGUGUGUGGCGGCAACCAGGUGAGGAGUACAAAGACAAGUGUGUCUUGCCUACAGUCAAGCAUGGUGGUGGGAGUGUCAUGGUCUGGGGCUGCAUGAGUGCUGCCGGCACUGGGGAGCUACAGUUCAUUGAGGGAACCAUGAAUGCCAACAUGUACUGUGACAUACUGAAGCAGAGCAUGAUCCCCUCCCUUCGGAGACUGGGCUGCAGGGCAGUACUCCAACAUGAUAAUGACCCCAAACACACCUCCAAGACGACCACUGCCUUGCUAAAGAAGCUGAGGGUAAAGGUGAUGGACUGGCCAAGCAUGUCUCCAGACCUAAACCCUAUUGAGCAUCUGUGGGGCAUCCUCAAACGGAAGGUGGAGGAGUGCAAGGUCUCUAACAUCCACCAGCUCUGUGAUGUCGUCAUGGAGGAGUGGAAGAGGACUCCAGUGGCAACCUGUGAAGCUCUGGUGAACUCCAUGCCCAAGAGGGUUAAGGCAGUGCUGGAAAAUGAUGGUGGCCACACAAAUAUUGACACUUUGGGCCCAAUUUGGACAUUUCCACUUAAGGGUGUACUCACUUUUGUUGCCAGCGGGUUAGACAUUAAUGGCUGUGUGUUGAGUUAUUUUGAGGGGACAGCAAAUUUACACUGUUAUACAAGCUGUACACUCACUACUUUACAUUGUAGCAAAGUGUGAUUUCUUCAGUGUUGUCACAUGAUAAGAUAUACUCAAAUAUUUACAAAAAUGUGAGGGGUACUGUAUGUUUCCAUUAACUUGUCCAGAGAUUUUUAGACAUUUAGAAAGUUUGCAUAGAAAAUAAAUGUGAGAAUUGCAUGCUACGGUGCGUUUCCAUUUAACUAUCUUGUCGAUUAAAAACAGCUGGAUGUAAUGACGUCACACCCCCCAAAAAAUAUGUUUUUGCAAAAGUCUACAGUGUAGAAUAAAAAUUAAGUGGUUGAAGUGUUUCCAUUCCCCAUUUAGGCAAAUUGCGCAUUAGACCUAAUACAUUGGCGACAGCCUGUAGCCUAUGCCCUCCCACAUAUCUGUUUCAUGUCUCAGGUAGCCCGCAAAAGCCAGCAUGACUAAUAUUUGCCAUUUUCUAAUAAUUCGCAUGUGCUUAAGUAUCGCCAUCGUGAGACUCCUGUAGAUCUGAAAUAAUUGGAUGGUGAAACUUGCUAGCCAACCAGAAAAGCAAGGCAAAGCAAUUCAGGCAUUAUUGAAAGUCAGGACAAUCCUUAUACUUGACAUUUUUUUAUUUUGCAAGCAGGAGGCAGCUCAGCUGGUAGAGCACGGCGCUUGUAACGCCAAGGUAGUGGGUUCGAUCCCCGGGACCACCCAUACACAAAAAUGUAUGCACGCAUGACUGUAAGUCGCUUUGGAUAAAAGCGUCUGCUAAAUGGCAUAUUAAUUAAUAUUAAUUUAUUAAUUAAUUAAUAAUAGUUAAAUGUGGAGUUGAGCUUUAGUUAUGUGAUGACAUCAUUAUUCGAUCAUCAUUUAUUCUGAAAAAAACAGUUUCCAUCAUUUGUCGCAAUAAAGCAAGUUUGACAAAAGAAAAUUCCACCCUCGUCGAACGUAUCAAAAGUUGUCGAUCUUUAGGAAAUGUAUCCUAUAUCUGCAGUUUCCAUUACACAUUCCGCAAAGGUUUUUUUUGUUGCAACAUUUAUUUUGUCGAAUAAACCUGGGUCAAUGGAAAACGGCCUAGUGACACACCUAGUUAACCAGGUUAGCUAUAGUUAUCAGUGUAACACACCUAGUUAACCAGGUUAGCUGUAGUUAUCAGUGUAACACACCUAGUGUUUCUCCUUGUCUUCUCUCCAGACGGGUUUACAUAUCGUAUCUGGACAGUAUUCAUUUCUUCAAGCCCCGGGCGUUGAGGACGGCAGUCUACCACGAGAUCUUGAUAGGGUAUCUGGAGUAUGUCAAGAAACUCGGGUAGGUUUUCAAUACCAGGGACAAACACCCCCAUUCAAUCAUCACAUUGCUUUUCCAUCUUAAAAUACAUAUUGGGCUGGUUUCCUGGACACAGAUUUAGCCUAGUUCUGGACUAAAAAACACUUUCAGUGGAGAAUAUUCCAAUGAACAUGCUUCUUAGUCCAGGACUAGGAUUAAUUUAUGUCUGGAAAACCAUCCCAGUGUGUGUCCAGGCAAGUUUAGGAAUAACUAAAUCUCGAUUACAUACUCAUAUUGCAAUAAUUUCUUAACGAAGAAUAUUCCCAAGAUAUUUGUCUCAGUACCUUGAAAUACGUGAUGUUGAACCUAAAAGCCGUCUUCUCCCUCCCUGGUCCCGUGCAGGUAUGUGUAUGGUCAUAUCUGGGCGUGCCCCCCCAGUGAAGGGGACGACUACAUCUUCCACUGCCACCCGCAGGACCAGAAGAUCCCCAAGCCCAAGAGGCUGCAGGAGUGGUACAGGAAGAUGCUGGAGAAGGCCUUCGCAGAGAGGAUCCUACAUGAUUUCAAGGUGAGACAAGAAGGGGACCCUGGCUGUGUUCAUUAUGCGCCAAACAGAAGGCAAAGGAUUGAAACUCGGAGGGAAUCGUCUGGACUUGAUACAAUAAGAAAUUGUCUUUUAUAAUGGUUUCUGUCAUGGACCCAUGCUUACUUUUCUUAUUAAAUGCUGUUUGAGUGUGGCAUUAUCCCGCACCAUCAUCCCCAUCUGUACAGUCUAAGUAACAGGCGUCGUCUCUCUGUCUUCUCCAGGACAUCUUCAAGCAGGCCACGGAGGACCGUAUUACCAGUGCCAACGAGAUGCCCUACUUCGAAGGCGACUUCUGGCCCAACGUGCUGGAGGAAAGCAUCAAGGAGCUGGAGCAGGAGGAGGAGGAGAGGAAGAAGGAGGAGAACGUGGCCUCCUGCGAGACCCCCGAGGUAAGACUGUGCUGACAGGGAGUGCUUUGUACGAUGGAGGGGUGGACCCAAUCCGACCCCUAGACACCAUGUCCUAUGAAUUUGUAGAGGUCUCAGAGGAUUUCAUUGGUGUAAGCAGUACGGCGAAAACUUCUACCUAUCAGAGGAGAGGGCAGAUGAUGUUUUCUGAUCCGGUGUCAGAUUUCUGUCCUCCUGUCUGUAGGAUUUAAACGCUUUCGACAGCCACUUGGUCAAAACAUGUCACCGACUUGUUCUUUUUUUUGCCAUUUAUUUAUGGCCAUGUGUCCUCCAUCGCCUCUGUUAACAGCGCGUUCUCUCUCUCCUCCUCCCUCCCUCCCUCUCUCUCUCAUCAGCACACUGCCGACAGCAAAAACGCCAAGAAGAAGAACAGUAAGAAGACCAAUAAAAACAAGGGCAGCGUGAGCCGAGCCAAUAAGAAGAAGCCCGGCAUGCCCAAUGUAGCCAACGACCUGUCCCAGAAGCUCUACUCCACCCUGGAGAAACACAAGGAGGUAGGCAUCACUCACUCACUCCACCCGCUCCUAUAACACUGCUGUUGUAUUCUGUUCAUACAGUCUGUGGUUGUAGUGGGGGAAAUACUCUGUAAAGCCCUGUUACCUUCCUCAUCUCUCACUCCUUUAGUUCAGUUGAUCACAGUUUUGUAAGGACUUCUGUGGUCACAGUAUCUGUAGAGGCUCUGAUCCAAUAUUCACACUAGCAUACCACUUAGAUUGAAGCAAUGCAUUGAACAUUCAUUCUAACUGGUGUACUUGUCUGAUUAUCUGAUGACUCAUGUCUCCCUCUCUCUCUACCUCCCUCUCCACCCUCUCCCUCAGGUGUUCUUUGUGAUCCACCUGCACGCGGGACCCUCGGUCAACACCCUCCCCCCCAUCAUGGACCCAGAUCCCCUGCUGACCUGCGACCUGAUGGACGGCCGCGACGCCUUCCUCACCCUGGCCCGGGACAAGCACUGGGAGUUCAGCUCUCUGCGGAGGUGCAAGUGGAGCACCAUGUGUAUGUUGGUGGAGCUGCACAACCAGGGCCAGGACCGCUUCGUCUACACCUGCAACGAGUGUAAACACCACGUGGAGACACGCUGGCACUGCACCGUCUGCGAGGUAAGCCAGGGGGCGAUAGUGCCGAUUCAUCACACAUGCACCAACACACACACGCUCUUACAGAAUGUAAUACAUGUAUAUUGUCAGUUCGAUUUUUGAAAACUAGAACCAAAGAAUGUACUUUAUUGUAUGUUUAUUUCACUUUAAAAUGUUGCAUUUAGGAAGUAUAUUACUUUUUGGCUGUUUUUAGACAUUGAUAUAGUGUACUCUGUCACACAUUGCUCUUGUAUGAUGCUAAUACUUCACUCUGAAAAAGUUAACUUAGGGCAUCAUUUAUUCAAAGUAUAUGUUAACGUUGGGGUGGGUAUUAUGCAUAUUCUCAAGCAGGAAUUUUGCUAAGACUGUCUGGGAGUGGUUUGAGUGGGGAGGGUGAAACUGAAAAUUAGCUGUUAUUGGCAGAGUUGUGAUUAAAUGUCAUCACAUUUGUUACAAGUUGGUGCAGGUGUGCGUGUGUAACCAUAGAAAUAUUAUUAUGAGUGUAACCGUGAUAUGUGUUCUUCUCUCUCUCACAGGACUUUGACCUAUGCAUCAACUGCUACGCUGCCAAGGGCCACGAGCACAAGAUGGUUAAGUGGGGCCUCGGGCUGGACGACGACAGCAACGGAGCGGGUGGCGCCGGGGCUGAGGCCUCCCAGAGCCCCCAAGAAUCCCGUCGCCUCUCCAUCCAGCGCUGCAUCCAGUCCCUGGUCCACGCCUGUCAGUGCCGCAAUGCCAACUGCUCGCUGCCCUCGUGCCAGAAGAUGAAGCGCGUGGUGCAGCACACCAAAGGAUGCAAGCGCAAGACCAACGGCGGCUGCCCCGUGUGCAAGCAGCUCAUCGCCCUGUGCUGCUACCACGCCAAGCACUGCCAGGAGAACAAGUGUCCUGUGCCCUUCUGUCUGAACAUCAAGCACAAGCUGAGGCAGCAGCAGCUCCAGCACCGCUUACAACAGGCUCAGAUGAUGAGGAGAAGAAUGGCCACCAUGGCCGGGAGGGGCAUGGCGCCCCAGAGCCUGCCGUCGCCACCAACCUCUUCCACCCCCGGCACCCCAACCUCGGGCGGGCAGACCCCCAACACGCCCACCCACACUCCCCAGCCGUCCUUACCCAACAACCAGCCCCAGCAGCAGCCGCCCCCCAACGUGACCGCUGGCAUGGCCCAACAACAACCCGGCUUCCCCAACAACGGGCGCACCAGCCAGCCGCCAACGCCGGUUCCACAAGGGGGAAAGCCGGGGCCCCAGUCUUCCCCCCUACAUCAGGUGCAGUCGCCCCUGCCCAACAUGCCCCCCCAACAACAACAACAACUGAUGCCCCCCCAACAACAACAACAACAGCCCCCGCUGGCCGCUCUGAAGAUGGCCCGGCACAUAGAGAUGGUGGCCAAGGCCAAGCAGCAACAACAACAACAACAACAACAACAACAACAGAACUACAACAUGAACAUGCCCAACGGUGUGCCCAUGAACCAUCCCCGCAUGGUGGGGCCUAUGCAGGGCCAGAUGGGGCCAGGGCAGAUGAUGGGGCCCCGGGGCCCCCAGGUGAUGCAGGCCAUGCAGCAGCAGGGCCAGUGGGGCCCCCAGGGGGGGAUGCAGCAGAACCCCCUCCAGAACCCCCAGGCAGUCCAACAACAGCAGCAAGGCAUCCCCCAGCAAGGUGGCCCAAUGGCCCCCCAACAGGCUCAGGGAAACCCCACACAGUUGAUGCAGCAGCGGCCCAUGAUGCAGCAGCAGCCCGGCCUUCAGAUGCCUGGUGGGGUCCAGAUGCCCCCCCAGGCCCCCUCUCAGCAGCAGGGCAUGACGCCCCAGCAACAGGGGGGCAUGCCCCGGGGCAUCCCGGGAAACAUCGCCCCCAACGCCCUCCAGGACCUCCUGAGGACCCUCAAGUCGCCCAGCUCUCCCCAGCAGCAGCAGCAGGUGCUCAACAUCCUCAAGUCCAACCCCCACCUCAUGGCCGCCUUCAUCAAGCAGCGCACGGCCAAGUACCAGGCCAGCCAACUACCGGGCCAGCAGCAGCAGAACCCCCAACAACAACCGCAGAACCCCCAGGCGAUGCUGGGAGGCCAUGCUGGGAUGCAAGCCAUGGCUGCUGCCAUGCAGGCUGGGGCGGUGCAGCAGAGGCCGGGGUUGGGCAUGCCUCCCCAGCAGCAGCAGCCUGGCCCUCAGCAGGUUGGUGGCCCCCAGGGCAUGGCCGCCAUGGGCCCCCAGGGACAACAGCUGAUGAACACCGCCGCACACAACGGCAACCCCCAGCUCUACCGCAGGCAGCUGCUCCGGAUGCAACAGAUGCAGCAACAACAACAGCAGCAGCAACAACAGCAGCAACAACAACAACAACAACAACAGCAAGGAGCCAUGCCCCAGGGCCUUCCAGGGCAGUUCACCCAGCAGCAGGGAGGGGCAGCCAGCUACUCCCAGCUCCGCAUGCAGCAACAGAUGGCCAUGCAGCUCCCCCCCAUGGCCCAGAUGGGGCAGUCCGGCAUGGACGGGCCCCAGGCCCAGAACCUCCUCCAGCAGAGGAUGCUCCAGCAGCAACAGCAGAUGCUGAAGCAGCAGAUGGGUUCUUCAGCCCAGGCCAACUCCAUGAGCCCCCAGCCCCACAUGCUCCAAGGACAGCCCCAGGGAGGAGCUCACCUGCCUGGCCAGGCCAUGGGCAACACCCUGGGCAACCAGGUGAGGUCUCCAGCCCCGGUGCAGUCGCCCCACCCUCCCUCACAGCAGCCGCCACAUUCCAGCCCCUCCCCCCGGAUACAGCCCCAUCCCUCGCCCCAGCACGCCAACCUCCACUCCGGCUCACCCCACCCCAGUCUGGGCGGCCCCAUGCCAGGCUCCAUGGACCAGGGACACAUGGGCACGCCCGAGCAGAGCGCCAUGCUCCCGCAGCUUAACACACCCAACCGUGGCGGGCUGAGCAAUGACUUGAAUAUGGUGGGUGGCACCACAGGAGACUCACUCGAGAAGUUUGUUGAAGGAUUGUAGCAUUUUGUGACGAGAGACUCAAAAGGCCUUGUUUUGUUUUCUGUGUUUUCCACAAAUAGUUUUUGUACUGACUGCUAUGUAAAGAGAUGAGUCAGAUGAGGCCUAAGGACUGUGAACCUUUCCUUAAACCAAGGGACUGCUAUUUCUUCCAACAAAACGGAGGGAUUUGAAUAAUUAUUGCUGUUUAAAGAGGAGAAUGGGGGAAAAAAACACAAAUAUAUUUUUGGGUUCAGACCAGCCAUGAAAAUAAUUUUGUUCUGGGCUUUCUGUUUGUUUUAAUUGUUUAUUUUAUUUUGUUAUGUCUCUGGACUUUUUAAAAGAAACCUUCAAAACAAAAGUCUUUCAUUUUAUUAUUCAAUGUUUUUAUUUCGUACCUUUGCAAAAAAAAAAAAAAUCAUAGCGUUUUUGUGUUGAAGAUUGUAAAAUAAUUUUGUCUGGGAACUUUUUGUGCCAGGUUUUGCCUCUUCGCUCCCUCUUCAUUCCUGGCUAAUUUAUUAUUCUAAUGUACCAUUUUUCAAAAAGGACACAUGCCUUUGGGUGAGACUUAUUUUCUUUCUGUACUGCAGAAGAGUCCUUGGGAUAUUAACGUAUUUGUAUAGAGCUAGGAACUAUCGCACACCCAAACGCCACAUUCAGGUGUGCAAAACUGAGACUCGCACAAAUGCUCGUUCGUCCACAGGUGCCGGAAUGUUAAUUUUCUACUGGCUUGGAACCAGUAUUUCUGUCUUUCAGAUGUUGGACAUCUUUGUUGCUUUGUUUCUCCUUCGAUCUAAAGAAUCUGAAGUCUUGAUCCCCCUGAGCUUAACUGUGGUGGGGGGUGUACCUUUUGGACUGCUUGCUGAUUUGUGAUUGGAGAGCGUUCUGUGCAUCUUUUUUCCUCUUGCAUUAAACUUGAAUUGAGGUGGAAGUGUUCACUAUUGUAAAUCAUGCAGGUUGACAAUGUAAAUAUGCAGAAAAAUAAGAAUGAAUCACUGUACAAACUGGUUAAAAAUGACUCAUUUCGUACUUAUAUACCAUAUUGUUAAAUAAACUGUGUGCAAACAGACAACAAUGGAGUUUGUAUAUUUUACAUUUUUACAUUUACGUCAUUUAGCAGACGCUCCUAUCCAGAGCGACUUACAAAUUGGUGCAUUCACCUUAUAGCCAGUGGGAUAACCACUUUACAAUGUUUUUAUUUUUAUUUUUUGGGGGUGGGGUAAGGGGGGGGUAGAAGGAUUACUUUAUCCUAUCCCAGGUAUUCCUUAAAGAGGUGGGAUUUCAAGUGUCUCCGGAAGGUGGUGAGUGACUCCGCUGUCCUGGCGUCGUGAGGGAGCUUGUUCCACCAUUGGGGUGCCAGAGCAGCGAACAGUUUUGACUGGGCUGAGCGGGAACUGUGCUUCCGCAGAGGUAGGGGGGCCAGCAGGCCAGAGGUGGAUGAACGCAAUGCCCUCGUUUGGGUGUAGGGACUGAUCAGAGCCUGAAGGUACGGCGGUGCCGUUCCCCUCACAGCUCCGUAGGCAAGCACCAUGGUCUUGUAGCAGAUGCGAGCUUCAACUGGAAGCCAGUGGAGUGUGCGGAGGAGCGGGGUGACGUGAGAGAACUUGGGAAGGUUGAACACCAGACGGGCUGCGGCAUUCUGGAUGAGUUGUAGGGGUUUAAUGGCACAGGCAGGGAGCCCAGCCAACAGUGAGUUGCAGUAAUCCAGACGGGAGAUGAUAAGUGCCUGGAUUAGGACCUGUGCCGCUUCCUGUGUAAGGCAGGGUCGUACUCUCCGAAUGUUGUAGAGCAUGAACCUACAGGAUCGGGUCACCGCCUUGAUGUUAGCGGAGAAUGACAGGGUGUUGUCCAGGGUCACGCCAAGGCUCUUCGCACUCUGGGAGGAGGACACAACAGAGUUGUCAACCGUGAUGGCGAGAUCAUGGAACGGGCAGUCCUUACCCGGGAGGAAGAGCAGCUCCGUCUUGCCGAGGUUCAGCUUGAGGUGGUGAUCCGUCAUCCACACUGAUAUGUCUGCCAGACAUGCAGAGAUGCGAUUCGCCACCUGGUUAUCAGAAGGGGGAAAGGAGAAGAUUAGUUGUGUGUCGUCUGCGUAGCAAUGUUAGGAGAGGCCAUGUGAGGAUAUGACAGAGCCAAAUUACUUGGUGUAUAGCGAGAAUAGGAGAGGGCCUAGAACUGAGCCCUGGGGGACACCAGUGGUGAGAGCACGUGGUGCGGAGACAGAUUCUCGCCACGCCACUUGGUAGGAGCGACCAGUCAGGUAGGACGCAAUCCAAGAGUGAGCCGCGCCGGAGAUGCCCAGCUCGGAGAGGGUGGAGAGGAGGAUCUGAUGGUUCACAGUAUCAAAGGCAGCAGACAGGUCUAGAAGGACAAGAGCAGAGGAGAGAGAGUUAGCUUUAGCAGUGCGGAGAGCCUCCGUGACACAGAGAAGAGCAGUCUCAGUUGAAUGACCAGUCUUGAAACCUGACUGGUUUGGAUCAAGAAGGUCAUUCUGAGCGAGAGAGCAAGAGAGUUGGCUAAAGACGGCACGCUCAAGAGUUUUGGAGAGAAAAGAAAGAAGGGAUACUGGUCUGUAGUUGUUGACAUCAGAGGGAUCGAGUGUUGGUUUUUUGAGAAGGGGUGCAACUCUUGCUCUCUUGAAGAUGGAAGGGACAUAGCCAGCGGUCAAGGAUGAGUUGAUGAGCGAGGUGAGGUAAGGGAGAAGGUCACCGGAGGUGGUCUGGAGAAGAGAGGAGGGGAUAGGGUUCAAGCGGGCAGGUUGUUGGGCGGCCGGCCGUCACAAGUCGCAAGAUUUUAUCUGGAGAGAGAGGGGAGAAAGAAGUCAAAGCAUAGGGUAGGGCAGUGUGAGCAGGACCAUAAGUGUCAUUUGACUUAACAAAUGAGGAUCGGAUGUCGUCAACCUUCUUUUCAAAAUGGUUGACGAAGUCAUCCACAGAGAGGGGGGGAUUCAGCAGGGAGGAGAAGGUGGCAAAGAGCUUCCUAGGGUUAGAGGCAGAUGCUUGGAAUUUAGAGUGGUAGAAAGUGGCUUUAGCAGCAGAAACGGAUGAAGAAAAUGUAGAGAGGAGGGAGUGAAAAGAUGCCAGGUCCGCAGGGAGUCUAGUUUUCCUCCAUUUCCGCUCGGCUGCCCGGAGCCCUGUUCUGUGAGCUCGCAAUGAGUCAUCAAGCCACGGAGCAGGAGGGUAGGACCGAGCCGGCCGGGAGGAUAGGGGACAUAGAGAGUCAAAGGAUGCAGAAAGGGAGGAGAGGAGGGUUGAGGAGGCAGAAUCAGGAGAUUGGAGGGAGGAGGAUUGAGCAGAGGGAAGAGAUGAUGGGAUGGAAGAGGAGAGGGUAGCGGGAGAGAGAGAGCGAAGGUUGCGACGGCGCAUUACCAUCUGAGUAGGGGCAGAGUGAGUAGUGUUGGAGGAGAGCGAGAGAGAAAAGGAUACAAAGUAGUGGUCGGAGACAUGGAGGGGAGUUGCAGUGAGAUUAGUAGAAGAACAGCAUCUAGUAAAGAUGAGGUCAAGCGUAUUGCCUGCCUUGUGAGUAGGGGGGAACGGUGAGAGGGUGAGGUCAAAAGAGGAGAGGAGUGGAAAGGAGGCAGAGAGAAAUGAGUCAAAGGUAGACGUAGGGAGGUUGAAGUCACCCAGAACUGUGAGGGGUGAGCCAUCCUCAGGAAAGGAACUUAUCAAGGCGUCAAGCUCAUUGAUGAACUCUCCAAGGGAACCUGGAGGGCGAUAAAUGACAAGGACGUUUCUUGUGUGCAUGGCGAUGGUGCAACUUUCUAUAUUUCAGCAUCAUGUAAUGGUUUACCAAAAGGUGACUUGAUUACAUACAGCGAAACGUACCAUAUAGGUGGUUGCAGACAGAUGGUAAAAUAAUAGAUUGCUGCACAGUGCACACCUAUCUUGAUCAGUCUACACAACAAUGACCUUCAAUUAAAGGUAAAUAUUGAGACCUUUGGAACUGGCAACUUUAAACAUGUAGAUAUUUUUGUGUCUUAAAUUGUAGAUUUGUCUUAAUGCAAAUGUACUCUUAUGCCGGGAAUGGGGUUUUUCAUUUUGCACCCAAAUUCUCUAAUGACCUUAUUUUCAUCAUAUUUAUUUCUCAUAUCUCUACACAGGCAAUACGUUAGUAGCUUUGAUAACGUCAUUUUCGUGCGACCGAAAGAGGUCCUACUUGUGCUUGCAGCCGUCGCACUUAUGUUCAGCGUGUGUUGAAUAGGUCAAACGACCUCUCGCUCUGUCAAAGAUGUCUCGGUGCCUGAAAUUGUUCAAAUUCGCUUUGGGUUCAUCUCAAAGGGCCAACUCCAGACUCCUGUGUUCUGGACGAGGAUUGGGUAGUAGGACUGUCACGAGCACAUUCAGUGAAGGUAAGCUGCUAGCCGGCUAGCUAACGGUAGCGAACUAGCUCAUAUAACUGCAGUGCAUUAGCUAGCCUAACGGUACAGUACACAAGAUCACUCACUCUCAUUAUUCAACAUGAACGUGUCGACGACUGGAAUGCGGUGUUUAUUGACAAAUGUAUCUAGCUAGCCAUCCAACUAUUUUUGUUUGAGCUAGCUAGCUCCUUUUGAUAUUUGGCAUCUGGUGAAUGAAUGACAUAUGUGACCGGACCACUACAUAUAAAUAUGGGGAUAGUUGCCUGCCGGCCCAUAGCAUGUACCGCAGCACCGACGACCAGUAUCUUUACCAAGGAAAUAUCCUUGACCUAACCUACAACUAUAUUGUAAGCAUUCAUCCAUGUUGCAUCAGAUAAAUCCAAGGCAAGGACGUUCUAGAAAAGCUAACCAUGACCACUGACACUCACUCAAUGCAUUUGAAAAUGCAAUAUGAUUAUUGCAUGACCUCACACCCCGCCUUCUAUCUCCUCCUGUCCUGUCAACAGAUGCUCAUGUCAGGCAACAGCAGAAACAAUGGUCCAGAACCGGCAUGUGGAACCCCAGCCAUCCAGGCCUUGGUCUGACCCAGUACUCCUACUACAGCACCAAGGAAGCAGAGAAAGUCACUCUGGAGGCAGACAAGGUUCUAGAAGCCGAGAAAGCUCCAGCAACAGAGAAGGUUCCAGAAGUACAGAAUAUUCUAGAGGCAGAGGAGAAAGCUCCCGAGGAAGAACCCCUGCACACAAUCAUCCAAGACACAGAGAAUGUCCAAGGUGAUGUUAUGUUUUCUGACCUCAGACCUGUUGUUAGCUAACAUUCUCAGUUUUGGGCUAUAACAAUUGAAACUUGAACAUCACUAGCCAUUGAUUGUCAUAGUAUUAUGCUUUGGUAACAUUAAUGGACACUGGAUAUUUUGAUGUGUAGCCUAUGAUAUACUGUAGUCCACAUCCAGUUCCCUUAACUUCAUUAGCUUAGCUUUGUAUGCUAACAGUUUUCAAUCUGAUUUGUCCAGGCACCUUUUCCAAGCAUGAGUUCCAGGCUGAGACCAAGAAACUCUUGGACAUUGUGGCUAGAUCUCUGUACUCAGAGAAGGAGGUGAGUGAUGGUCUGACCCGUCACAGCAACUUGAGAACUCAUUGAAUGUAUAUCAAUUACUAACUGAUGGACCAGUGAUAAUAUGCCUGCAGUAUAUAGCUAGGUGUUUUAGGAACAUUUGGUGAAGAUAUUCUGUGUUUAUAACCUUUUCCCUCUUGGCCCAUUGCUCAGGUGUUCAUCCGUGAGCUGAUCUCCAACGGCAGCGACGCCCUGGAGAAGCUGCGCCACAAGCUGAUAACGGGAGGGGGCGACACGGCCCCCAUGGAGAUCCACCUACAGACGGACCAGGCCAAGGGCACCUUCACCAUCCAGGUACGCCCAAACCAGGACGAGGGAGUAGGGUGGCUAUGGUGACUGGUAACAUGGGGUCUUUUGAAAUGCUUUUAAGAGUUUUUAUUUUAUUUUUUAUCCUGUCUUUCUUAGAAAUGUUUUAGUCAUGAAUCAACUUCAAAUUCGAAUUUGAUCGACUUAAAAUGCACAUAAUCACUGUUAGAUCUUUCUAUUCGUCAUUUCAAAGUUCUGUAUAGCACUAAAUCAGUCUGCCACCUGGUGGAUGAAAAGGAACUGCACAGUUAUAAAACUUGCUGGUUGUAGUUCUGACUGCUGGCUUUAGUUCUGAAGAUAGGGAGGAAUGUACUACCAAACGGUCCUUUUCUCUUGGUGAUGCUUAACAGCAGAGUAUUUCUGUCAUUAUCUUCCUCUUUUAGGACACCGGAGUUGGGAUGAACCAAGAGGAGCUGGUGGCCAACCUGGGGACUAUCGCUCGCUCUGGAUCCAAGGUAAAAACCUAGUUCCCUUAUCUUUGUUACAAUUCUUACAUUUCCACAUUAUCUGCAUUCCCAUUUUUUUAAUGAUUUAAUUCCAAUGACUUGAGGAAAAUUCUACAAUUUUUUUAUAGGGCUGAAAACUCUUUGGUCCUUUGAAAAACCUGCUGUAUGUAAAAUAUUUAGUGGUAUAGCUUGGAAAAUAAUUUAAUGUGACUCUGGAUGACAUCAUAAUGAUGUUUGAUUCCAACAUUAGGGCUGUUUUCCUAAAUAAGUUAAAUCAGCUUUGUGUAUUGUUUCUUUACCACGCUACUAACGAGUAUCGCGAUUCUGGUAUCGUCCCGGCCCAAUUUGUUUUUCAUUAUCAACAAUCUCUCAUUCAAUUACAAUUUCAGGGCCUCAGCUUUCCCAUUUAAUCAAUUUGCUCACUUUUGUUGGUGUCUCUUUUCCAUUAAUUCACAUAUUUUAGCCCUGUUUCCUCUCUCUUUCUCUCCUCCAUCCCUCCUUCCUAGGCAUUCCUGGAUUCCCUGCAGAGCCAGGCGGAGGCCAGCAGCUCCAUCAUUGGUCAGUUUGGCGUGGGCUUCUACUCUGCCUUCAUGGUGGCUGACCGCGUGGACGUCUACUCCCAGUCAGCCGAGCCCGGCAGCCCCGGAUACAAGUGGUCCUCUGAUGGGUAAGAGCAGAGGGAGGGAUGGGGAGGGAGAGGAAUUGAUUAGAGCGAGAGAAGAGGAAGGGAUGGUGAGAAAGAGGGGGAUGGAGAGAGAGAAGAGAUGGAGCAGGGAGGAGAGAGAGGUAGGUUGAUGGAUUGGGCGAGAAAAGGGAGUGAUAGUGAGGUACGUCUUAGUAACACAUUUGAAUAUGUUUGAUGUAAAAGACUCAGACCACAGUGUGUAAUCUCUGUGCUCCCCAGGUCUGGAGUGUUUGAGAUAGCUGAGGCCAGUGGGGUCAGAACAGGCACUAAGAUAGUGCUGCACCUCAAGGAUGACUGCAAGGAUUUCUCUGCUGAGGACAGAGUCAAAGGUAUGGACCAUAUAAGACCCCUUUGAUGACUGUACUAUCUUUUAUAGACAUUCCACAUACAUAGUAGACAUUCAACAUGCAUAAUCUUUUGUGUAAGAUUAAUGUCAGAGUAAGUGUAAGCGUUGGAGGCUUGCUGGUUGCCCAGUCAGGACUAACGGAUGUCAUAUGUUGUUGCAGAGGUGGUGACCAAAUACAGCAACUUUGUCAGUUUCCCCAUCUUCCUGAACGGGCGACUAAUCAACACUCUCCAGGUGAGUACCUGGCCCACUCUUCUGGUUCUAUCAACUUCAUACAGGGCUGAGAUGGAUCACAGCGAUUGUUUUUCAUUGGACCACUCUGAUUGUGAUGGCUUAUUAUGUCCUUCAUGGGGCUGUUAGUAGGGAUGAGUUAAAUUACUGGAUUUAUCAAGUAGUCGAUUGAGGGCGUCCGCAUCGAUUCUAAUAGAGGGAAUCAACUAAUCAGGGGGGGAACAAAUUCAAGUGACACAAACUGAUUGAUACAUUAAUUGGCAGCUAAUUUGUUCUGAAAAACUUGUUGGGCUGAUCCCCAGUUAUUAGUCCUAUUUUAUAGUGGAGUGUGUGUGUGCCUGCCUGCCGUGUGCAGUGAGUGUGUGUGUAUCUACCUGCCUGCAUGCUCUGUGUAACAGUGUAUCAUACGGUAUAUUAACCUCCCUCUCCCCAGGCCCUGUGGAUGAUGGAGCCUAAGUCGAUCAGUGAGUGGCAGCAUGAGGAGUUCUACCGCUACGUGGCUCAGUCGUACGACAAGCCCCGCUACACACUGCACUACCGCGCUGACGCCCCCGUCAACAUCCGCUCCAUCUUCUACGUCCCAGACGUGGUGAGGAAAGGGAGUAGGGUCAGGGUGGAUCUUGGGGGUGGGGAGAUGGGACUUUAGGGAGAGGGGUAAGAUGUACUAAGGGUGUGACUGGGGGCUGGAAGGUUGGGACUUGAGGCUUGUGAGCAGAGAAUAGAGGGGUAGGGGGCACUGUGGGGUAGGGGGGAAUAGAGGGGUAGGGGGCACUGUGGGGUAGGGGGGAAUAGAGGGGUAGGGGCACUGUGGGGUAGGGGGGAAUAGAGGGGUAGGGGGCACUGUGGGGUGGGGGGGAUAGAGGGGUAGGUGGCACUGGGAUGGGGGGCGGGAAUAGAGGGGUAGGUGGCACUGUGGGGUAGGGGGAAUAGAGGGGUAGGUGGCACUGUGGGGUUGGGUGGGAAUAGAGGGGUAGGGGGGGGUAGAGGGGUAGGUGGCUCUGUGGGGUGGGGGGGAAUAGAGGGGUAGGGGGGGGGGGUAGAGGGGUAGGUGGCUCUGUGGGGUGGGGGGGAAUAGAGGGGUAGGGGGGGGUAGAGGGGUAGGUGGCUCUGUGGGGUAGGGGGGGAAUAGAGGGGUAGGGGGGGGUAGAGGGGUAGGUGGCUCUGUGGGGUAGGGGGGGAAUAGAGGGGUAGGGGGGGGGGGGGUAGAGGGGUAGGUGGCACUGUGGGGUGGGGGGGAAUAGAGGGGUAGGUGGCACUGUGGGGUAGGGGGGGAAUAGAGGGGUAGGGGUGUGACUGGGGAGUGGAAGGGCUGGGGAGAGGGGAAAGGAGCAAAGAUACUUGUUGAGGAACAGAGAGAAACUAAUGUGAUGUUAAAGUAGAUCUUUCUGAGGUCAAGGCUCUGUGACAUAAUAACACCACAGUUGUUAAUGUUGGAUGUACCGGUAUGUUCAUGACUGUCUCUAAUAUUACUGUGUGUGAGCAGAAGCCGUCCAUGUUUGACGUGAGCAGAGAGAUGGGCUCCAGCGUGGCUCUGUACAGCAGGAAGGUUCUCAUCCAGACCAAGGCCACUGAAAUCCUGCCCAAGUGGCUACGCUUCCUUAGAGGUCAGUCUUUAUUCAGUACCUCCUCAGCUGUGCCCAUCUUAAUCUGUCUCCCUUCAUCUUUCCCCCCUCAUCUGCCCUCUGGUGUGUGUUUCCUUGUCUGACUUCACUUUGUCGGUCUCUUUCCGGAUCCUUUGUUGAUUGUAAAUGCUAGUGUUACAGUAUAACAGUGUGUUUCUGUAUUUGUGUAUACAGGUGUGGUGGACAGUGAGGAUAUCCCAUUGAACCUGAGCAGAGAGCUGCUGCAGGAGAGCACCCUCAUCAGGUGAGACUGGAGCCCUACAACACAUCAGCUCUUUCCAGACGAUGACACUCCAAUUAGCUAUUGCUAGUCUGUAGCACACAUCACCCCUCUGUUCCAUACAGCAUCUUUCUACUCCUACUCCCUUACAUCCAUGGCUCUCUCACUCCCUUCGUUUUAUUCUCUCUCAUGCUCUCCGCCUCUUUCAUGAUUUCCAUCCCUCCCUCUCUCUCUCUACAGGAAGCUGAGGGAUGUGCUACAGCAGCGUAUCAUCAAGUUCCUGAUGGACCAGAGUAAGAAGGAACCUGAGAAGUACGCCAAGUUCUUUGAGGACUACGGCCUGUUCAUCAGGGAGGGUAUCGUCACCACACAGGAGCAGGAUGUCAGGGUGAGACUGGGGGGCUGGGAUAGGGGAGAGCUCGGGUGGAGGAAUGGAGGCGUAAAGUAGAAAAACAUAUUGGUAUGCAUGUAGGUUGUUUUUGGUAUUAUCAGGUUUUUUGUGGAAGGGAGCAAGAGGGUUAAGAAUCAGAAAUGUGACACUCAUUAUCACUCUGUUUUCUGUCUUCUCUUCUCCUUUCUCUCUCUGUGUACAGGAGGACAUCGGCAAGCUGUUGAGAUUUGAGUCUUCGGCGCUACCCGCGGGCCAGCAGACCAACCUGAUGGAGUACGGUUCCCGUAUGAAGGCCGGGACACGUAACAUCUACUACCUGUGUGCCCCAAACCGACACCUGGCUGAACACUCCCCCUACUUUGAGGCCAUGAAGCAGAAAGACAUGGAGGUGAGUUGUUUUCAGAUAGCCUGCUACUGGGAUCUGUUGGCUGUCUUGCUAACUCCUAUGAGCAUUGUCAUGUCAAACAACGACCAUACAUCUGGGGCCAGGCUACUUUUCAGAUGGGAAUUUAAGACAGAAGUGCGGGGCAAGUUGUUUCAUCAUUACUCCCUCUAGUUGUUUCAUCAUUACUCCCUCGAGUUGUUUCACCAUUACUCCCUCUAGUUGUUUCACCAUUACUCCCUCGAGUUGUUUCAUCAUUACUCCCUCGAGUUGUUUCACCAUUACUCCUUCUAGUUGUUUCACCAUUACUCCUCUAGUUGUUUCACCAUUACUCCUCGAGUUGUUUCAACCAUACUCCCUCGAGUUGUUUCACCCAUUACUCCCUCGAGUGUGUUUCACCAUUACUCCCUCGAGUUGUUUCACAUUACUCCCUCGAGUUGUUUCACCAUUACUCCCUCGAGUUGUUUCACCAUUACUCCCUCGAGUUGUUGUCAGUGUCUAACUUUUUCUUUGUCUCUCCAGGUGCUGUUCUGCUAUGAACAGUUUGACGAGCUCACCCUCCUGCACCUCAGAGAGUUUGACAAGAAGAAGCUGAUCUCUGUGGAAACAGACAUUGUGGUGGACCACUACAAGGAGGAGAAGUACCAGGACAGCAAGCCAGGUAAGACCUCUCUCUCUCUCUCUCUCUCUCUCUCUCUCAGACCAGGUCACUGAAUGCUGUGUGAAGUUAGAUUCAUUUGAGGGGUAAUCCUUAGUUUCACUAAAGUCGCAUUUUCACUUAAUCGUGCAUUGAUGUCAAUAACCAAGUUUCCAUCCAACCGUUUGAUGCCAGUAAUGUACUUGUGGGAUAAAAAAUGUCACGACAGGCCUGAUGGAAACAGCUAAUUUGUCGGUUAACUUUCCAAAUGUCGACAAAACGAAACACGCUAGACAAGGUGGGAUAUUUUUGGGUCUGUACAAUUAAUGAUGCGAGAAAUUGUGGUGGAAAUGCUUUUAUGCGCAAAUAUUGUGUGGUCCUUCCACUACGACUCGGGAAAGCAUGCAGUUUAUUAGGCUACAGAUUAAAUAAAUGAUCAGGAACUUCACAGGGUGGUGAAAGUGCAAGGUGAUGAGCUUUCCAAUAAAUAUUGAGGGUCUUAUUCUGGUGACAUGAUGAUCGAUGCUUGGCUGCCGUUUGACAAAUAAAAGAAUCUCGCACUUUUGUCCAUAAUAAUCUCAUCAUGUUGUAGGCUAUACCUGCACUGUAUCUGCAAGAUGUUGGUUAGAGCACACGUGCCAAUACCAGAGUGGGCACACUCGCUAUAUAACAACAUUUUUGAAAAUGCGAUGGAAACCCAUUUAACUUGCAUUUUUUUAUUCCGUACAUGGGAAUUUAAUAGCAAAUAGUAUUUUUAUGUGCACUAUGUAAUCACGCACAGCCUUUUAUCCUCAAGUCAAUUUGAUGGAAACACAUCACUGGUGGGAAAUGCACUUAUUGUUUUUAUGCAGAUUUUAGAAUAUUCACAUGAAAAUCUGUCGCUAAUUGGAUGGAAAACUAGCUAAUGGGAGAAUAAGUUAAAUUUGCCCCUUAGCCUCCAACCACAGCCCCAGAGCUAAUCUAGGAGUUAACCUAGCUUCUGACAGUAAUAUGAAGUACUCUAAUACUGACUCCAUGUUCUCUCCUGUGUCUAUAGCCUCUGAGCGUCUGACAGAGGAGCAGGCAGAGGAUCUGAUCUCCUGGAUGAGGAACAAUCUGGGAAACAGAGUCACCAACAUCAAGGUACUGCUACCCUACCAUUACUAUCUACACUAGUCACCAUGAUCACUAUAACCCACUAACCCAAUAGGGAACGGCCCAACACUAUAAUACAGGGUUUCCCAAACUUGGUCCUGGGGCCCCCCUGGGUGCAUGUUUUGGUUUUUGCCCUAGCACUACACAGCUGAUUCAAAUACCAAAACGUGUACCCAGGGGGUAGCCUCAGGACCGAGUUUGGGAAACCCUGCUAUAACACACCUCGUCACUUAUAAUCCCCAACCCAGUAAUUGUUAACGACCCGUGGUCUCCACAUACACACCAACCCAUGCUAAUACAACCAGGUCUUUCUACUAAACAGCACCAACCCAGUAGUUAACGACCAGGUUUCUCUAUUCCUACAUGAAUAAAGCAAACCAGUAGUUUUGACCCGGUUCUCAUCCUAAACACCACAGCUUUAACGACCCAGGUUCUUUCAUAUAACACACAACCGUGGUUAAGGACACAGGUUGCUCACUAUACACACCAACCCGUAGUUAAUGCCCAGGUUUUAUCAUAUAACACACUCAAACCCUGUGCUAAGUCAGGUCUUACAAUAACACAAACCGCAGUAAGUUAAAUGGUCCAGGUCUCUUACUCAACCACACCACCCAGUAGCUAAUACUCAGGUCUAUCAUAAAAACAACCGUAGCUUAACGGCAGGUUCAUAUGAUAUCAAACACUCCAGUAGUUAACGACUCCAGGUGCUCUACUAUAACCCACCUACCCAGUAGUAACGACCAGGUUCUCACUAUAACACACCACCGUAGGUGUAAGACCCAGUUCUGAUAACAUAACCACAACCCAAGGUAGUUACUCACCAGGGUCCUUCACUAUACCACCAACCGUAGUAACGACCACGUACUCUUCAUAUAACACACCAACCUAGUAGUAACGACAGGUUUCUUCACUAAACUUGCACCAACCCCUGGUGUAAUGACCACGUGUCUUAUCACUUAACACACCAACCCAUAGUUACUGCAGGUUCUAAACCUAAACAACCCAGUAGUAACGGCCAGGUUUGAUACACUAUAACACACCAACCCAGUAGUUAACGACCCAGGUCUCUAUCACUAUAACACACCAACCCAGUAGUUAACGACCCAGGGUCUCUUCACUAUAACACACCAACCCAGUAGUUAACGGUCCAGGUUCUCUAUCACUAUAACACACCAACCCAGUAGUUAACGACCCAGGGUCUCUUCACUAUAACACACCAACCCAGUAGUUAACGGUCCCAGGUUCUCUUCACUAUAACACACCAACCCAGUAGUUAACGGUCCAGGUUCUCUAUCACUAUAACACACCAACCCAGUAGUUAACGUCCAGGUUCUCUAUCACUAUAACACACCAACCCAGUAGUUAACAGUCCAGGUUCUCUUCACUAUAACACACCAACCCAGUAGUUAACGGCCAGGUUCUCUUCACUAUAACACACCAACCCAGUAGUUAACGUCCAGGUUCUCUAUCACUAUAACACACCAA